CGAGGAGGGAUGUAAACAGGAAGUGUGGUGCUCGGGGAGGCGGUGUUGCUGGAGAGACAGAGCUCGGGGAGAGGUGCAUGCUGCUUUACACGGGCUGCCUGUCUAGCACCAGUGUCACCUGAGCGGAGCUGUCCAAGCAGGCCCCCGGCUGACACUUGGAGAGGGUUUCCUGCUGCUGUCACCCUGUGUCUCCCUUCACCCAGCCUUCCUGCUCUGUCUGUCCCUCUGCUCACCGACUGCUCAGCAGACAGCAUGUGUGUACUGUGACUGGAGCCUGGCUGGGAGUAUAUGUCCUGUUCUGUCUGUGCCCUGCUAACACUCUCUGUCCUCCUCUCUCUCUCUCUCUCUCUCUAUCCUGUGAUCUGCUCUCCUUCUGUCUGCAGCCUGUCUGCCUUCCACCCCAGCACUGAUCAAGCCUCCCUUUUCCCUCCUUGCUCCCUCCUAUCUCCAGGCUGGACUCCUUCACUCAGUCAGUUAUGCUGCUGCUGGUUGCUGCCUUCCUGGUGGCCUUCGUGCUACUUCUCUACAUGGUGUCUCCUCUCAUCAGCCCCAAACCUCUCAAACUGGCCGGGGCACAUGUGGUGGUGAGUCCUGUCUUCAUUAAACAACCACAGACAUUGCUGAAUGUCUGUCUUGGACUGAUCACAGUAAAUACACUAAAAAUAAUUAAAAACUAAUGGCACAGAAAAAAAAUGCAUCCACUUGGGCAUCAGUGAUUUUCAUGUAUAUCCUUGAAGAUUCUUUGUGUUUUGUAAUAUGCCAAAUCACAUGUUUAAACAGACACUUCACUGCCCUAGUAAAAAGAUCCCUAUUUAUGCGUGGAUUUAAUCAUGUAUUUGCAAGCCCUUCCCUUCUUUGUCUGAAUUAAAGGACCACUAUAGUGCCCCCCACCCUCAGGGUCCCCCUCCCGCCAGGCUCUGGGGGGAGGAAGGGGUUAAACUUACCUCUUUCUCCAGUGCCGGGCGGGGAGCUCUCCUCCUCUCCGGCUGAAUGCGCAUGCGUGGCAGGAGUUGCGCGCACAUUCAGCCAGUCCAUAGGAAAGCAUUUACACAUUCAUGCUGAAGCCAGGAUCAGCGACAAAGAACCUUUCCAAGAUCCCAGAGACUUUCUGUCCUGGUGAGGACGAAUGGCUACACAGUCUAGUUGAAAAGUUGUGCCUAUUUCUGGUGUGGUUAAAGCCCAGUUAUUUUGCUUAGAGGACUGAGAAGAGUGAGACUGUGGUGCCCGCUAGUUCAGCUUGGCUCAAAAUCUCAAGCAGAUGUCAUCAAAAACCUGAAGAUAUGCUGACAUUUAAUGGUGCGGCAUAUUCCGCAUCAUAAGUGUCUCUGGCACCAUCGUAGGAGUCAACUGCCACGUGACUGAGGUCAAUAAAGCUGAAAACAUUGGCUAGUGGUAACUGAGCCGAUCCAAUAAGGACCGGGAUAACUCCCACAUGAGGGGGUGUGGUGUGAAUGAGGCAUAGCUAAUAAAACUUCCAGAGCCCAGAAAGGCCCCAGGUCAGGAGACUGCCGCUUCUCCUGCCCACAGCACACCGUGACCCAUGGCUAAGGAAGUUUGAUAUUAUAUGGACCAAGUCCUACAUAGAGAGUUCAGCAAUGUUGAUUAGUAUCAGCUAGGGAACGACUGAUUAUCGGUCUGGCUGGUAUUAUCAGUAGAUAUUCUGAAUUUUCAGCAAUAUCGGUAUAGGCCUAUAAAGUUACUGAUAUUGCCGAUAAUGCAGACCAGGGUUGCCAUCAGGGCAUGACAACAGAGACGGUUGUCAUGGGCCCGGCGUUCCUGGAUGGCCCACAGCACACUCUUACUUACCUUCCCUUCAGCUCCCCUGUCUAAAUCUCGCGGCUCCCACAGCCGUCAGAGCGUUGCCAUGGUAACCCAGGCCGCAAGAGUUAGACGGGAGCUGCUGGGAAGGGAAUUAAGAGUGUUGCUGGGCCCCCUCUGCAGAGUCCAUGCCACUGGAUCAGCAGGGAAUGCCAUAUCCCCCCUCCCUGGCCAGGUAAGAAGCCGGGAGGAGGGGCUAAAACAAAAUGUUAAAAAAAUUCAAUAUUUAAAAAAAAAAAUUAAAUAAAAAUGCCCCCCCAUUUUACACACAUUACAUACCUACACAAACACUCACUGCAUUCAUUAUAUACACACUACACCAAGCAUGUCAAACUCAAAGUCUAGCACAGGCCACAUAAACAAAGCUUAAGUUUAUGUGGGCUGCAAAAAAAAAACUACUUACAUUUUCAUAGAAACAUAGGUUUAUUUUUAUACCGCACCUCCCCUCUACUAAAUCCCAGUCCUCCCCCCACCCUCCCCAUCUACUAAAUCCCAGCAUCCCCCUCUAGCCAACAAGCAGACUCCACUUACAUUGCUGCUGCCAGUAUGCGACUCUGGAGUCCGGCCUCUGGUAUUUCCCAGAGGCCGGACGUGGCGUGCCUCCAUGCACCUCCAGGUACUCCACUGUCCAGCCACGGCCAUCAAAACACUGACAGAAACACACCAUCAUUGACAGAGACACACACCCUCACUGACCGAUUCACUCAAUGACAAACACACAGACAUUCACACACUCACUCGCUGACACACACACACAGACAAACAUACAUACACAGACAUACACACACACUGACAGACAGACACUCACAUCAUUCCCUGGGGUCCAGUGGGAUCUUCAGUGUUCCUGCUCCUUCGCGCGCAGUUUAGUGAUGCCGCAAUAUGACAUCAUAUUCCGGCGCCCGGCAUCACUACAGACGGCACGAGGGAGCAGUGAGGAGCAGGAAUGCUGAGCUCCCUCCCUGCCGCCGGUGUCCUGCUUCCUCUCCUCUGGCCAGGUAAAUGAUAGCAGAGUAAGCACCUGCAAUGUGGGGCGAGCAGGUGCCUACUCUCCUUUUACACUAGGCAUGUACUUGCGGCUCGCCGGGCCGCAAGUUUGACAUGCUUGCACUACACAAACACACUACAUUCACUUUACACACGCUAUACGCUACACACGCUGCAUUCACUAUACACAUAAUACACAAACAUACACACUGCAUUCAUUAUAUACACACAACACAAACACUGCAUUUACUAUACACACACUACACAAACACACACUCUGCAUUCACUAUACACACACUACACAAACAUAUACUGCAUCCACUACACAAACACACACACACUGCAUUCACUAAUCAAAUACUUUCACUGCAUCCACUACACACACCUAUAUUCAUGAAAACAUAAAAAAUUCUGACUGGCAUGUAUAUUUUGUGCAUUUAUCUUAAAAAAAUAAAAAAUAAAUAAAGAUUUGCAAAAUAAAUUAAUAAACCUGUUCAGGUAACUGUGGAUUUGUGUAGAAAUUGUUUUAUUUUUUAAAAUCGGUAAGUUAUCGGUAAGUUAUAAAUUCACAGAUUAUCGUUAUCGGCUCUAAAAAAUCAAUAUCGGUCGAUCCCUGGUAUCAGCUAAAAGUCGCGAACUUGUAGGUUAAACAACCAAGGGCUUGAUAUUCAUGAGGAGCUCUCACAAGACAUGUAUGUCCACCAUGACCAAUGAUUUAAUAUUUUGAAAAAUGUUUUAAUAUAUAUUUUUAUAUAUUUUCGAAAUAAUUAUUUAAUAUUUUGAAAAAAUGAUACAAGUUUUAUAAAAAAGUUUGUGUAUAUCUAGCUGCUGGUGGGAGUAAUUUAAAAGCAUUGUUUGUGAAGAAGCUUAAUUUUUUUGUGUACUUUGUUUAUCUUUUAAUCUGUAGGUUACUGGUGGAUCAAGUGGCAUUGGAAAAUGUAUAGCAAUAGAAUGCUUCAAACAAGGUGCUUUUAUAACACUUGUUGCUCGAGAUGAGGUAAGUUUUUUUUUUUUUGCUAUUUAUACUCUAGCUACUUUUAUAGUAAUCUUUGGUGUCUAUCCACUAAAUGGUAAAGGAACACUCAAGUAGAUUUUUUUUCAUAGUUUAGUAGCUGUAUCUCCAAUAAAAACAUGACUGCAUAUAUCGCUGAUUUAUAUAUUUAUUUUCUCCAUUGGGGUUAUAUAAAAAAAACGCAUUCCAAAAGUUGCAAAUUCUUUUUGUCUGCAACUUUUGCAAGCCCUCCCAUUUUUUGUCUCCAGCACAGACUUUGUCUUCCCAUUGAGAAAUCUCUGUAUUGGAGCCAUGAGAGUGCGUGUGCUGGUAGUUUUCUGAUGCUUCUUGAUGACAUGUUCUAGCUAACAACAUAUUUUAUUUAGAACAAUUUUGAUUUAUAUCGGUGCCGCCUCCUUUACAUUUUUACCUGCAAUUAAUAAAAUUGCAUAGAAUUUCAGCUGUCCUGAACAGGUAGCCAAACAGAAGUGCAAAUAUGUUUAGUUGUUUGGUAUCCCCCUUUAUGAUUAGCAGAUGAGACCGCUCCAUGGUUAAAGUUUCGACUUCAACCUUUCUUGUUCUUGCUGUAGGUUUAAUUCUUGGCUGGGUAAGUUUAACCUUCUCUGGUAGAUUAUGACUGUGCCAUUGUGUAAUAAUGAAUAUUCCAGGAAAUACUUUUAAUACUAAUAAAUGCAUAAUAUGUUCUUCCAGCUUCCAUCAUUUGUUGCUAAAUUUAAAUAUGUAUAUGAAGUUAUUUACUAAACUCCAUUUUUUAAUUUCAAAGAUCAGAAAACAAUUUUUUUUUUACAAAUAAAAUAAAGGCAACAUUCUCCAAGGUUAAUAUCCAUAUUACUUUACUUUAUUGAGAGCAUUUGAGACCACCCAAAUGACUAUUAAAUGGUCCUGAACUUUCUUGAAGUGGCCUCUAGGUGGGGCCAAAUGGAUCAGAAAUUUGCAGGCAAGUUCUGAGUUGGUUUUGAAGUAAAUAAUUUUUUCCAUUGGCUGCUUGGGGACCCUACAUAAUUAAUUUUAAAUGCAUCCAUUAGUAGCUGGAUCAUCCUAAUACCUCCUUAAUAUAAUGUGUUGCUUAAUGAGAAUGUCUAUGUGAAUAAUGACCCACAGUUUCAGUCUUUACAAACUGAUGGCAGCAGUACCGAGGCUGCUAUCAUUUUACAUACAGCUUGGUACAGUUUUGCAAACCAAGCUAUAUUUUGCUAUCAGUAUUUCCUUUUAAACAUGGAUUCCUUUGAGUCUGUCUUUGCUGUAUACAACAGCCUUGAAACACAACUUAGGAAAAAAUGCAAAGCCAGUGAACUACUCAUGGACAGCUGUUUCAUUGUUAAUCCAAAUCAUCAGCAUGAGGUUGGUUACUGGCUUGCUAUUGAGGCUUGGCAGUACUUGCGAAGCAAAAACCGAAGGAGUUACGGUGGGGAAAAAUUGAGUUUGAAAACCCCUUUCACCUGAAGUCUGUGGAUAGUCAAUACAAUGUUAAACAAAAAACGGCACAUCGGUCAAGCCAUAAGACUUGCUUUUCUCACAGAAAUCACAAAUUUGCAGUGAUGUUACUACUGCAAAGAAUUCUGGGUGGGCAUAUGCAAAUUGGUCCGAUCACAAUUUUACCCCACCAUAACUUUUUUUGUUUGUGUGUGUAUAAAAUAUAUAUAUAUAUAUAUAUAUAUAUAUAUAUAUAUAUAUAUAUAUAUAUAUAAAAAAUAUUCAGAUCCAUGCACUCACGCUCAAACUCAAUAUGCAUCAAAGCAUUUGCUGUACUUGCCGGGUGCCAGUCCCUAUGGGGAUGUAGAUAAACACCAAAGGAAAAAAUAAACUCCAGGGCUGCACUCACGGUCUUGAUAAUGAAAAAACUUCUUUAUUCCAUAAAAUAAUAGAGAUCAACGUUUUGGUCCGUGCAGGGACCUUCCUCAGCAUCAAAUGACAUACCUAUAUAUAUUAAUUAUAGUAUUAUACAUACAGACACGGAAGUCCCGCCCCCCUCACCUUGUCAAUAUUGACAAAAUUGGUUACAUUGUAAACUGUUACCGAUUAUUGCAAAGAUGAAGAUCAACCAAAUCUAUAACCGUUGCAAUAAGCGAUGCGCAUGCUUUUUAGGUCCCCUCCCAAGAAGCUAUGCCUCCUCUGUGAUGUCACUGGCGGCAGAGAGGUGAGCAAUGCCCAUGUAGCGUAAAUAAAACCUAAGCUUUUUAAAAUGUAUUUUGGACAUAUGUAGAUUUGACAGGAACACUGUAGUGUUAUGAAUACAAGUUUGUAAAACGAAUCCCUUAGUGAUCCAAUAGUGAUCCUUUAAGACCACAUGUGGUUAAAAUGCUGUUGCAUUUUAUGAUUGCUUCUACACACUACUUCAAGUUGAUAUUUGUAGUAAUACUUAAAAACUACAUAAUACGUAUAAUACUAAGUAUUCAAACUGGAAUUACUGGCUUUGUUGCAGAUUUGGCUGGUAGCAUGCCUUCUGGGGAGACACCAGAAUAGAAUACAAUUUUUCUACUUUAUUUUUGUUCUUUACAUUGGCUGUGUUAUUGUAAAAAAAUACAGAUAUGGGGAGGGGGAAGCGAUAAUGUAAGAUAAUCAUUCAAAUAUAAAAAUAUAUUUACAAGUUUGUCUUUUCCCCCUUCUAUUUCACAGCAUUUUGUAAUAUAUUUGCAUCUCAGACAACCUUUCAUCUGAAUUCCAUGUCUGCUUUGUAUGUGUGGAUUUGUCAAUGCCCCCCAGUAUGAUAGAGUUCACAUUUCCCUUCAGUAUGAUAGAGUUCACAUUUAUGUAUCUUAGAAAUGUGAAUACAGCCUUUUUACAAUUAUCUUGUUUUCAGGCAUUCCUAUUUAUUAUUUUUGAAUUCACUUGCAAGCUUAAAUAUGCAAUAUGUUUUUACCCUUGCUGAAAUGGAACAUUUGUAAAGCCUUUUCUUUUGAAUUGGGUGUUUGUUUUUUGUUGUUGAACACAGCUAAAAACCAGGGGUCACUGCAGUUUGUCUGCAUGGAAAAGAAAAAAUAAACUUUUAGAGGAAUUUCCAAGGGCUCAUGUACUUCAUUAAAGUAAAACUGUAGAAGUUAACAUUUAAAAGGACACUCCAGGCACCCAGACCAAGUCUGCCCAUUGGAGUCGUCUGGGUGCCAACCCCCAUCAUCCUUAACCCUGCAAGUCUACUUUCUAUUACCUUGUAACCUUGAUAUUAUCAUUUGUUUUUAAUAUCUGAAAAAUCGUCAAUAAAAAAAAAACUACAUUUAUUUGGGGAGGGGGGGGGGAGUGAAUUAACUCCACAUAUAGUCCUGUAAAAUAAUAAAACAGGUGACUACCUUGGGUCUAUUAAAGGGAUACUUUACUUACCAAAACUAUAUUUUUUUUUUCUUCAAUUUGACAAUUUUUAUUGUUUUGUUGGUGUUACAGAAGAAGAAAGGGGUGGGGGUAUCAAGGUUAGGUUACAAUGACAUUCUUAGUUGCAGUAGCAGACUUGGCUUUAUUCACGUGACAACUAUUGCUUUAAAUCGAUUUUAGAGCCUGAACACAGUGUCAGGGUUUGCGCAUUGUUAUUCCACAUUGUCUUGUCACAUCGUCAUUUCACAGUGACAUGUCACAUUGUUAUUUCACAUUGCUAUAUCUCAUUGCUAUUUUGCGGUGUUAUUGCAUCUUGUCAUUUCACAUUGUCAUUUCAUAUUUUUAGUUUACAGUGUUAUUGCACUGAUUUUGAUUUUUUGCAUAUCUGGGAGGUACAGUUGCAAGAAAAAGUGUGUGAACCCUUUGGAAUGAUAUGGAUUUCUGCACAAAUUGGUCAUACAAUGUGAUCUGAUCAUCAUCUAAGUCACAACAAUAGACAAUCACAGUCAGCUUAAACUAAUAACACACAAAGUAUGAAAUGUUGCCAUGUUUUUAUUGAACACACCAUGUAAACAUUCACAGUGCAGGUGGAAAAGGUAUGUGAACCCCUAGACCAGGGCUUCUCAACGUUAGUCCUUAGGACCCCCUACCAGUCCAGGGUUUAGGGAUUACCUGGGUGUGUCUAAGGUGUUUAGAAAAAGAGUCUAAGGUGUUUUUUUUCACUUUUUCUAAACACCUGAGACACACCCAGGUAAUCCCCAAAUCCUGGACUGGUAGGGGGUCCUGAGGACUGGGUUGAGAACCCCUGCCCUAGACUAAUGACAUCUCCAAGAGCUAAUUGGAGUGAGAUGUCAGCCAACUGGAGUCCAAUCAAUGAGAUGAGAUUGGAGGUGUUGGUUACAGCUGCCCUGCCCUAUAAAAAACACACACCAGUUCUGGGUUUGCUUUUCACAAGAAGCAUUGCCUGAUGUGAAUGAUGCCUCGCACAAAAGAGCUCUCAGAAGACCUACGAUUAAGAAUUGUUGACUUGCAUAAAGCUGGAAAGGGUUAUAAAAGUAUCUCCAAAAGCCUUGCUGUUCAUCAGUCCACGGUAAGACAAAUUGUCUAUAAAUGGAGAAAGUUCAGCACUGCUGCUACUCUCCCUAGGAGUGGCCGUCCUGUAAAGAUGACUGCAAGAGCACAGCGCAGACUGCUCAAUGAGGUGAAGAAGAAUCCUAGAGUGUCAGCUAAAGACUUACAAAAGUCACUGGCAAAUGCUAACAUCCCUGUUAGCGAAUCUACAAUACGUAAAACACUAAGCAAGAAUGGAUUUCAUGGGAGGAUACCACAGAGGAAGCCACUGCUGUCCAAACAAAACAUUGCUGCACGUUUACAGUUUGCACAAGAGAACCUGGAUGUUUCAUAGCAGUACUGGCAUCUGUGGACAGAUGAAACCAAAGUUGAGUUGUUUGGAAGAAACACACAACACUAGGUGUGGUGAAAAAAAGGCACAGCACACCAACAUCAAAACCUCAUCCCAACUGUGAAGUAUGGUGGUGGGGGCAUCGUGGUUUGGGGCUGCUUUGCUGCGUCAGGGCCUGGACAGAUUGCUAUCAUCAAAGGAAAAAUGAAUUCCCAAGUUUAUCAAGACAUUUCGCAGGAGAACUUAAGUCCAUCUGUCUACCAGCUGAAGCUCAACAGAAGAUGGGUGUUGCAACAGGACAAUGACCCAAAGCAUAGAAGUAAAUCAACAACAGAAUGGCUUAAUCAGAAGCAAAUACGCCUUCUGAAGUGGCCCAGUCAGAGUCCUGAUCUCAACCCGAUUGAGAUGCUGUGGCAUGACCUCAAGAAAGUGAUUCACACCAGACAUCCCAAGAAUUUUGCUGAACUGAAACAGUUCUGUAAAGAGGAAUGGUCAAGAAUUACUCCUGACCGUUGUGCACGUCUGAUCUGCAUCUACAGGAAACGUUUGGUUGAAGUUAUUGCUGCCAAAGGAGGUUCAACCAGUUAUUAAAUCCAAUGGGUUCACAUACUUUUCCACCUGCACUGUGAAUGUUUACAUGGUGUGUUCAAUGAAAACAUGGCAACAUUUCAUUAUUUGUGUGUUAUUAGUUUAAGCAGACUGUGAUUGUCUAUUGUUGUGACUUAGAUGAUGAUCAGAUCACAUUUUAUGACCAAUUUGUGCAGAAAUCCAUGUCAUUCCAAAGGGUUCACAUACUUUUUCUUGCAACUGUAUGUUGUGGGCAGUUUUAAUGGGAGUGUGCGGAACAUGUAUUGGAUUUUCGGGAGUAUCGUCAUUUUGACAGCUGCAAUACUACCCGACCAGGAGACGAAUUUCCCUCUCCACCCUUAGAUAAUAUUCUUGAUGUCACUCAUCAGUUUGUGGUAAUUAGCUUUAUAACAGGGUAGAAGGCGAGGGAGUGAUGUUUAUCUCUAGAUAUUUAAGAUGAUCGUGCCUACAGUUGUAUUUGAAGGUGUGUUUGAGGUGCAGGGUGUCCUUCUGUGGUACAUGAAUACCCAGUGCAAGGGUUUUGGGGACAUUAAGCUUGUAAUAUGAGCACUUACUGUAGAGUGCGAGGAUGCUGUGGAAAUUCGACAUGGAUAUAUGUGGUUGUUCCAAGGUCAAUAGAAUGUCGCCUGCGAAUAAGGACAGCUUGUAUUCUAUUCCCUGAAGGUUAAUGCCAUGUAUGUUCGGGUCAUCCCGGAUCAUUUGUGUCAAGGGCUCUAGUGCCAGUAUAUAGAGCAAAGGGGAGAGUGGGCAUCCCUGACGUGACCCGUUGGUGGUUGGUUACCAGUCUGGUGGUGUAGGCGGAGGAAAGGCUGGGUGGGGUCGACUGGGUGUAAGGCUGUAGGGUGUAGGGAAGGGGGUGUUAAUAAUCUUAUGUACAGAAUGAUCCCUAGGGGUCGAGGUACUGUGUAGUACCUUGGGGGUAGGAAGUGUAGACUCCUGUGUAGUGGCUUGUGCUUGCGCGGCAGGAGCAGAACCGUAGAACUGAUGCCUAGCAUCUCACAGUAACUUUGACAUCUCAAACAUUAAACAUGAACUUAUAACUUAUAUAACUAACCCUGCUAUUUUUUAUGUUGCGGAUGCAGUGAGUAGCUGCCCCUCACCUCCGUAGGUUGUUAAUCUGGGGUCCGAGGGUCGCUCUGUAUUAGGUGUUUACCCGAUUGCACAUGGCUCGCACCGUGUCAUGAGGUGGCAUGGCCUCAUGUCGUAUCAUAGUAUGCUUGGUGCCUGUGUGUGUCACAAGCGGCCGCCCCUCACAAUAGGUGUGUAUCAGUCUCACUUGUGCCUCUGGUGUGUGGGUUGACUGGCGGGGGGUGGGGGGGCUGUAUAAUCCGUCUAUAUGGUGUUUUAUAUAGUGGAGAGAGGUGGCAUAGGUUGUGGUAUUGCGAUUAUGUAGGCUAUAAGCCUCAAGUGGUUUCUUAUAGGAUAUGGUUAUAUGCCGUUUACCUUCCUGCCUUUGCUAAUGUGGGCGCACAGUGCUCUCGCCUGCUUCCAGGUUUGUCGUGGUCCGCCCUCGUGCGAGUGAUUUAUACAUUCCCACCAACAGUUGGUGGAUGGAGAGGAUGUUAUUCCUGCCAGUAAAUCAUUGCAAAACCUUAACAGACUAAUACCAUAGAGCCAGACAUACCGUAGAUGGCGCCUGCCCUGAGGUCGUGCAGUGUAACAGAUUGUGAGUGUUGCGGGAAUUGUGCCAUUCGGAAGUGCUUAUACAGCGGCAUGUGUCUGUGUGCCCGCUUUUUAACCAAGGCAAUUAUUUAUUUGGAGGUACGAUAUAAAACUCUACCUAAAUAAAGUGGCUGUUUGAGGUUGUUCCUUCUCGCCCGAUCUUCGAAGUCCACCAUGCCCAUUUCCAGUGAUUCCAGCUUGUGCUCCAGUGCUUGCAUGCAUUUUGUUGUGCCGUUUUGGGCAGAGGUGAGCUCCUCACACGUCUUUUCCACGUGGGUCGUUCUGGAGCUGAGCUCUGUUACCUCCCUGUGCAGUUUGUUGGCUGUGUGUUCCCAUGAGUUUCGUGGAUAGUGACUCCAGUGCCCUUUCGUAGUGGUCUUUGGUAAGAUUUUCUGUGCUUGGAGUUUCUUCCCCAGCCGGCAUUUGGUGAUUGGCCUCGGGGUCUCUGGCGCCAUCUUGCAUCUCAGCCUACAUGGUGUCCGACACGAAGGUCUGUUUAUGGGCGAAGAAGGUGAGCUUGUCAGCUUUAGAGGCAUGUUUCUUGCUCUUGGGUUGACACAUGAUGUUAUGUAGUGAAUUUUGUGGGUUCUGCUCGUUUUUUGUAGAUUCUUUUGGGGCUCAGGUGCCGGAGCAAUUCCUUAUGCGGCCAUCUUGCUCAGCGGUCAGCCACACCCCCAAAAACUAUUUUAUUUUAAUUAAGCGGUUUUGGUGUGUAGUUUAUUCCCCUCAGUCUCACUGUUCAAUUCUCUGACAUUUAGGAGUUCAUUUGUAUUGUUUUUUCAGUCCUUACUACACCUCCCCCCAGCUGCCGCUCACAGCCUCCAUGAAAAGAAAGCUUUCAUUUUCACUCAGAUUUUCCAGUACGCUGUGUUUAGUUGAGAAGUUAUCUCCCACACAUGGGAGAGUGUUGUAGGCUCUAGCAGUCAAUUAACAGCAGGAGAUAAGAUAUUCUAAAUUAAACAAACUGUUUAAUAACAGAAAUAAAAAAAUCAGCUUUUUUUUAUUUUUCAGGAAGUGUGUAGGGAGGCUGUAUGAAUCAUAGCUAGGGCUGUGUAAACAAAGUGAUUUAACACAUAAAACGUAGAGAAUUGAGAAUCUUUGGAAAACCAAAGUUAUUUGUUUAUUUAUAUAUAUUUUUUUUACUUUCUCCAUUUCUGGUCAGAACAGUGACGAUGGUCUAUUUAUACCAAUGUUUGUGUGCAUAUGGUUGAACUUCUCCCAGAAGAAAAAUGUAGGAAGUGGACUUUGUCAGAGACCAAUGUGGCUAUCAAAUAUACAUUGCACAUUUUUUUUUUUUAAUUUGUGUGUGUUUGCACCCAAUAUUAAGCACCAACCUAUAUUGAUUAUUUUUAGGCCAAGUUGGUACAAGCCAAGAAAGAAAUUGAAAAACAUUCAGUCAAUGACAAACAGGUAAGAUUCCAGUUUUAGAUAUUCAUUAUUUCUGUAAUUUUCUUUGAUAUUGUUGUGGCUUUAGACAAAAGAAAAAAAGUUUGCUUGUUUUUUUUUUGUUUUUUUUUUGUCCUCUGUCCUUUUUGUUAUGAGUUCAAAGUGUUGCAUUUGCCAAGUGAAUCUGUGCUUGUUCCUGUGAAAUGUCUCUUAUUUUAGCAUAGAACCAAAUGUCAAUUUGCAUCUUGAAGCUUAAUUUUCUAGUUUGCAGAAUAGACUUUAGAACAAUUACAAUUGCUGCUACCACUGCUCGUCAAAUAUGACAUGCAUAUCUUCCAAUAAUAUGCUAUUAUUUUGCACAAUAUGGAACUAUGUUCUUGUCAUAUGGAGUUAUCACAAUGUACUAUAGUUAACUAAUGUAUCUUUGUUUUAGGCUUUCUAUUAUAUACUUUAAUUGUAAUGAACUCCAUGAAUACAAAGUAGCAAUUUUGAUAUGCGGUGUUAUAGAAAUGUGUGUGUGUGUGUGUGUGUAAGUUUAUAAAACGAUAAUUUCUUCCCUUUGUCUAGGUUGUGCUAUGCAUAUCGGUGGAUGUUUCCAAAGAAUAUAGACAAGUAGAAAAUGUCAUAAAACAGGUAAGGAGGACUGAAGCUGUGUGUUUUCAUCUGUUUUGCUGUAGAAAGAACAUAACUAUUUUUUUGUUAAAUUAUGUGAUCUGUGUGAAAAUGAAAUUCUAGUAUUUUGGCAAACGGAAAGCUGUCUGCAUCUGUUUUGACCAUUUAAUUUGUUAUAGUGAAAGACAGUCUUGCGUAUGCAAGCCUGAGGAGAACAUAAAUCAAGAGUGGCCAUUUGUAGAACACCCACGAGAGUCUCAGUUCUACCACCACUAUCAAGUGUAGUACUUUAACACCUGAGGGUCUGCAUUUGACCAUUCCUGGCCUAAACUGUUACUGUGCAUCAAGGAUAGAGUUCAGUAAAUUUGAUCAAAAACAAGGAGGGCCAAGAAAUAAGUGUUAAAAACAAAAAUUGGAUUCCUUAUCACCUGAAAGACCUAGUUAAAAAUUGUAUAUUUAUUUUUUUAUGUUUUACUUAUAGGCUCAAGAAAAGCUAGGUCCAGUUGAUAUGUUGGUGAAUUGUGCAGGGACUUCAUUGUCUGGAAAAUUUGAAGAAAUAGAGAUUGAUCGAUUUGCAGUAAGUAUGUGUGUCUGUCUGUCAUCUGGGCCAGAUUAAAAUAGCCCAUUAGGCCUGGAGCUGACAAUUAUGAUUGGUCUCAAUGCAUGCCAUGCAGACAGUGUUUUUUCAGCACCCUGAGCUCGUCAUGAAUUUGUAUAAUGAGGUGCUUGCUCUAUGCUUUCUGGAAACAAUUCCCUGGUGUUCCCCAGCACUCAGUUGCCCACUUCUCUUCUUCUAACUUGCAGACUAAAGGUCAAGGCACAAAAUUUUGCAUCCCAUGCACUUCACCCCCCUCCCUCCCCGUGGUUUGACAUCACCUGAACCAUGCCCUUGUAUUGUCCACCUUGGUGUAGCAUCACAAUGUCUCACCCAUAUAAUGUAAUAAUACAUACAAACUCACAAGCUCAUUUUCACCAACACAUGCAUGUAAGUUCUGACACAUGCAUAAACUCUGUGAUGCACACAAGUUCGCUACACACAAUUUCAGACCCAUAAAAGCUCACUACAGAUAAACUCACUUACACGCGCACACAAGCCCAGUACCAAAGUUCACUGGCACAAAAACACAAGCUCAAUACAAUGCUAAGCUAGCUGAAAUACACACAUAAGUUCACUAGACAUGUUCACUGAUGCAUGCAGACAUUCACAAGCUCACUACAGGCAUACUCGCUGUCACUCACUGCAUGCUUGCCAUUUUACACUUAUUAGUACCCUGAUAGUGGACUGUGGAAGGUGGCCUUAUACUUCUGGUUGCCAUUUCCUAGGGCUCUCGUGUCUGUUUUUUGGGUUGGUUGGAGCAGGCAUGAGGGGCACUGGAAUCUGUCUAUAUAGAACUGCCAGGCCCUGUUCUACCCUCACAGAACAAAAAGUGUGUAGGUGCUUCAAGUGUAUGAAGAAAGCAAGAGGUGUAACACAAGGAGUAUCCCCCAACAACCUUCAAUCAAUAAACACAGAAUAAAAACCAGAAAAGUUACCCUCUUAAACAUAAAAUAUACCUACUAGCAAUCGCAGGAUUUAUACAUAUAAUCUAGAAAUACAGAAAAACAUAGUACAUAUAAUCUAAAAAUACAAAAGAAAACAGUUUUGCCCUUAUCCACAUUCUUUCAGCCUCAUUGGUCCCUCGCUCCCACACUUAACUUCCCCAUGCAAAGGGCAGGGAGCACAUAGAUACCACACUCUCUGGCUGCCUAAAUGAAAAGCAACAGAUGCAUUCAGUAUAGUGGACACUGGCAGCCAGCAUCUGGAGAUGGUGCAGCACUGCGUCUGCAUGAAUGGCUCCACUGUGGCUGUUGACGCCCUGCUGCCAAAGGUGUUUACUUGUGUCGGUGACAAAUAUUAUGGUCUGUAUGGAUGGGCCAGAUGCUGUUAAAUCUGCUGGAGGCGCCCCCUCGGAACUAGUGCACAAGACCACUGCAAUUUAUAGUCAGCCAGUCCGCACAAAUGUUGUUCCCCUAUAUCCCUAUUAAGUCCCCAUACAUAAUCCCAUUGCACAAAGUAAGAGCAUGUGAAGAGUAAUACAGAAAAAAGAAAUUAAAAAAAAAAACCUGAAUCUUCAGCUCCAUAAACCCCUAUGUUAAUCUGGAGGUAUUUAGCCAGUGGGUCCUCUGUCAGAAACGUUCACACCAACUACCAAAACUGUUUUCAAAGACACAAUCACUACACUCUUACCACCAACGAAACUGUCUGAUUCUGUGACCACAGCACAUAUGGAACUCCACAUUGCCUACAAUUGAGAAGACAACAGGUUGAGGAGAGGAUAUUUUUUUUUUCUUCUUUUAAAAUGGCAAAUAUCAGCUACAUGUUGCUGUAAUGCAGAAAUUGUUUUUCACUUUAGUCAUUUUGGAUGGCCUGAUAAUGUUUUUAAAUCAUCUUAAACUACUCCAACAAUUGAUGGGAUGGGGAGGGAGUGCUACGGUUAUGUGAUGCCAACAGCCAUUUGGGAAUGAAUCUAAUGGUUCAUGGCACGUCCAUGAAAUUCUCUUUAGAAAUCAUAAUUUUAUUUUUUUUUGUGCUUGACUAAUUACUAUUUACAAGUGGACACUGCAAAACAUAGGCAUUAUUUAAAGUUCUAUAUGGUAGUUUAAAGAAAAUGUCAUUUUACUUUUAUUCUAUAGCCCUAGACAAAUUGAUACUUUCUUUAUUGGAUUACAAUUUUGGAAUGUUGCCCCAAUUAUCUGUUAAGCCUUACUACUCUUGCAGUUUUAACUGUCUUGGGACAAUGGAAAAUAUUUGUCAGAAUGUGGAAGUUGGACAUUUUUAUGUUCGCCUAAAACUCCACUUUUAUGGGUAUAACCAUUUAAACUACCUGAAAACUCAUCAUUGUCCUGCUUAUAAGUGUCUCUUUAUGUUGUUUGUUUUAACUGUAGAGACUUAUGGAAGUGAAUUACUUGGGUAGUGUGUAUCCAAGCAGAGCAGUUAUUUCGACAAUGAAAGAAAGAAGAAUGGGGAGGAUAGUGUUUAUCUCCUCUCAGGCAGGGCAGCUUGGAUUAUUUGGAUAUACUGCUUAUUCUCCAACCAAGUUUGCACUUCGUGGGCUGGCAGAAUCAUUGCAAAUGGAGGUAUAGUACAUUAUAUUUUUCUGUUGUUUUAAAACUUUCUUUAGAGAUUAGAUUUGCUUUGCAAUGAGCUGGUCAAAUGAAGUUUCUAAUGUUAUCAGCUCAAAUCAGAUUUUCCUAACUGAGGGCCUGAAGGGGUAACUUGUUAAAUAUAACAAGGCAAGUUUUUUCUAGUAUAUUUUUAGUCAAUAUCAAAUAAGACUUUUACAGGGCUAUUCACUAACCUCCAAAUUUUCCCAAAUUAAAUCCUAGUGGUAAAGCUGAGGCACAAAAUAACAAAGUUGCAACUAUGGCUGAUGAGAUGAAGUAUUUAAGAUAUUUUUACCUGUGGUUUUCCAGGAAGAUUUGGAGUUUAGAGAAUAACAAUAGGGUUCUUUUUGUUUUGUUUUAAGCCAUGAGAGAGCCAGCUGACUUUAACAUUCAAGCAAAAUUGUAUAUUUACUUAAUUUAAAAACAUGGCAUGACAAUGGUGAUAAAUACAUAUUAACAGAGUGUGAAAGAGUGGCCAAUUCAUUGCCCACCCAUGUCACAUUUCACGUUCUAGUGUUUAGCUGUCACUUUUAAUUCACUUUUAAAGCACUUGCUACAUUAAGAUGCAAGGUUUAUACAGCAAAGUAUAGAUCUAGGAAAGAUUUGUUUAAAAGGUUGCCCAGCUUUGCAUAUGCAAGCAUAUUAAUGCAAUUUACUAGAGCCUGUUAAAUAACUUGUCACUAUUCUAUUGUCAGCAAGGAAUAUCUUGAUCUUAAAUUUUAUGUCUGCAACACUGAUAAUUCUAACACAUUCUGGUGCAAUUAUAACCAAAAACUGGACAUGUCAAACACUAUUAUCAGUGCUGCCUUGAAAUAGAUGAAUUUUGUCAUGAUUCCCUUUUAUUCCAGAAGUUGGGCCUUAAGGGGUUAAAGAGAUACUAUAGUUUUCCUGGCACUAUAGGCUAUUGAAGUGCCCCCCUCCCUCAGCGUUGAAGGGGUUAAAACCGAUUCAGCCACUCACCUUAAAUCCAGCUCCCUCGGCGCUGGUGACCUUCACUCCCCCGCUGACGACAGCUCCCGAAUGGAGCCGAAUGUGCAUGUGCGGCCAGAGGUACACGCGCAUUCAAACUUGCCCGUAGGAAAGCAUUACAGCUGGAUUAACCCUGCAGUGUAAACAUAGGAGUUUUCUGAAACUGCUAUGUUUUCAGCUGCAGGGUUAAAACUAGGGGGACCUGGCACCCAGACCACUUCAUUGAGCUGAAGUGGUCUGGGUGCCUAUAGUGGUCCUUUAAAGGAAUGCUAUCUGUAUCUAGCCUUCUCAAAAAGCCAAAUUGCAAGUAUAAUAUAUAUACAUAUAUUCUAUAACUAAUCGUAUAAUAGAGCAGAGUUGCUAGACUGUUUUCUUUCUUGAGCUAAAGUAAAAUUUUAUUGUUUGUUUUUUUUUGUUUUUUUUAAUGCAGGUAAAGCCUUAUAAUGUUUAUGUGACAGUUGCUUACCCUCCUGAUACUGACACACCCGGUUUUACUGAGGAAAACAAAUCAAAGGUAGUGUGGUUUAUAAAAUAUAUAUAUAUAUAUUUUUUUUUAUUUUUUUUUUGUUUGUUUGUUUGUUUUUUUAACUAUAUGAUGGCUAGUUGAUAAAUAUUACAUGUCUCUGCCAAUCUGGGCAUGUGGGUCCGUAGCUUUGAAUCGACUAACGUUAUCCAACAGGUGAAAGACUGGAUUGAUGCCCAGUUGUACCUCCUUCGGUGCACAGUAUUGCAUUUAUUUAGCUUAUUUGAUUUUAAUGCAUAUGGUAAAUCUUGGUGCAAUUCACUGUUGCCCAUCAUGCAUUUUCUAAAAGGUUGGCAUGCAUUGGACUAAUAGAUGGAGUUACCAAUCCCCCAGGGCUGCUUCUGACAUUCGUUUGAAUUAUUACACGGAAAAUAAGACACCUUAUGUCCAAAAUGCAAACGUAUAUUUUCAACCUAAACCUUUCUGUUCACACAUUCCUUUAACCAAAGAAUGGUCAAUCUUUCUCAUGCAUUUCCCUUCUUUUUCCUACAGUAUUUGCAUCACAUUAAUUUAAAUGAUUGCUAAUUUGAAGUGGCUAAUGCACUGUCAGUGCAUAUAGUGAACCUCACAAUUGUACAAUUUCUUCAAAACCUUUUGUAUUUGUGUGUUUGCAUGUAUAGCCUUUGGAGACCAAGCUGAUAUCCGAAACCUCAAGCUUGUGCCAAGCAGAUCAAGUUGCAAGAGUGAUUGUAAAGGAUGCUGUGGUAAGUACAUCGUACCAUUUUAACACAAACACAACAGAUGCAUACCUUCCAGCAUUAUCAGAUAUAGAUCUGGGACCAGUGUGGAUGAACCCCAAUGGAAUAAUGAAGUAUAAACCCAUUAACCUAAAGAUGCUCAGACCUACCCAGCCAAAGGCUGCAUAAGCAGAGAGCACUCCUCAUCCUCAUGGUCUGAAUGCUUUAAAAGCACUAUAUACAACACAACUUGUUCUAUUUAUGUGCACGCACUGAGCUUCCUGACAAUAAUUCCUUGCUAUUCACAGGUAACUGGGAACCAAUCUGUAACUGCGGGAUAGGACCCUGAAACUAGGGUCCUUGAGAGAUGCAAUGAAUAUUUUAUUUUUAUUGAAUUGGCUUUGCUAAUGUCACUUAAUUCUGUCAUGACACAUGGGAAUUCAAAUGUGAUUCACAACAUUUCUAAAUAAAAAUAGGAUUAGCUUUAUGAUGGGGUGAACCACAAUUAAUGUUCAUGGGGGAAAAACAGAAUUCAUUCUUUUGUAGUGUGUAUAGUGACUCUGUUUCCAUAAAAAGCUGCCUUUGAUUCCUUUAUUCUGAUGGACUAGUUUAUUUUUUGUUUUUUAAAUUAGUUUAUAGUUUUCAAUCCCCUCUCCCUCUCCUCGUCAGCUCAAAAUGCAUGCAAGCAUGCAUGCAUGCAUUAAGGUGGAAAAUACACUAUAUAUAUAUAUAUAUAUAUAUAUAUGGAAGGCAUGGCCUGAAGUUGUGGGAGGGGCUUGGUUCCCAUUCUUAAGGAGCACCAGCCCUUCCCUCAUUACCUGUUAGGUUUGGCGAGUUGCUUGGAGAAAGAUCGCCACUUCCGGUCCACCUCACGCCACUCUGCUUACUUGUAUCCCCGUGGGCAGUUUCCAGGCUCCUGUUUCCUCCGGAUUUCGUCUGCCUCAGGCGUUCGCAGGGUUUUUCGUUGCGGUAAAACCGUAAGUCAUACGACCGUUACAGUUUCCGGUGCAGCCGGUCUACAUCGUCAUAGUACGCCGUUCACGCGAAUAACGGCAUUCGUUAAACAAUAAUGUUCGGUUCAUAUCUAUGGGUAAAUGUUUAUGCGUAUGGGGCAAUUCGUGUUUAUACUCUGGCCUUCUUAGGGCCGUUCGUUUUCCGAAACGUUUUUUUAUUUAUUUCUUCUCUCCCGUUCCCCUCUUUCUCAAUACUAGAUGUUAUAAUAAUGAUAGGCAAUUCGGUGACCUUUGGUGGCUGUUUACCAUCAUAGUUUCUCUCUCCUGUUUGGUCCCACGACCCCUGGUGGUCAUUAAGAUUAUGACACAUGGUAUUUAUUACAUUUUAAUUUGUAUACUACUGAACUUAUAUACAUAUAUUAUGACACAGCUCUUACAAUAACAUGCUACAGAGGAUUUUUGCAGCUAUAAUGAUGACACAUUGGGCUUAUUAAAAUAAAGUCUCGAGUCAAGUUAGCCAUCACAAGGUCGGUGAAUUAUUAUACUUUGGCCUACAGUUUUCCUUAGUAUUGGUAUUUAUAUAUGUUAAAGACAUAUUAGCACAAGCAUGAUUAGCCAUUUUUUACGAUUAUAAGACCUCUUAGGUUUUCAGUAUUCUACAGUAAUUCCACAGUAGGCUGCCACUCUACCAACUUGUCAAUUAACAUAAGGUUAGUAAUCACGAUUAAUUAUACCAUAUUGGUCACACAAGACACGGGUCCUUAUAUGUGUUUUCUGUAUUAAUAGGUAUAGGCAUCCUCGCUCUUUUGAGUAUUUUGGUUCCAGUCCCUUACUGUCGGAAUAAAUCACUGGUAGGUAUCGGGAUAACAGGGGAUUGAGGGGUACAUAGUUUAACCCCUUACAAACUCAAAUUACUCUCGUAGGUUGCUACAGAUCGCCUGUAUCAUCUUAUACUAUCUGGCAAAUUUAGCUCGUCAGGUACGUCAUGUUUUUUCGAUUAUUUCUCCCUCCCUACCUACCCUUUUUGGGAUAACAGUACAGAUACUGGCACACACAAUAGGAACCUCUAGGUAUGUUUUCUGGCCUUCUACGCCUUUCGUUAGUAGUCCCGCGAGGCCAACACCCAUCCUCAAUUCGGAGGUACGGCAUCCCCUCGGGCCAAUUCAUAGCUAGCCGCCUUGCUUGGUUGCAUAGAGAGGGCCUCACCUGUCACUCCCAUUCUGUCUUAUGCUUUAACGAGUCAUGGAGAGGCCAUCACCCUGCCAUAAUGCCAAUGGCCAUGUACCCCACACGAGCCAAAUCAUAGAUAGUGCCUCUCAAAGCCGCUUGGCAACUAGUAGGGCCUCACCAGUCACGUUCUAAGUAAUUUUUCGCCGCUUGGCAUUAGUUACACCAGCCAGUGCAGUAGGACCCUAGAUAACAUAUUAUUUUUAUGUUGUAGCAUGUCACAAAUACCCGAAGUCGGGGAAGAUUUGUCCAUCCCCAGCACACCGGCUAGAUCCCGGGGUGACGACAACGCGAGCCCUGCAUCACUCAGGGCAUGGGCCAUUCCUCGGAUCACUGCCGAACUAUGAAAGAGGAAUAUUCCUUUCCCAGCCACUGCUAGGAAAGCAGAAUUGUACAGACUGUUGAAUACACAGACUGAUAACUCAGGGGCGGGGGAAGGGUCCAGUGGCAGCCAGUCUUCUGAUCUGCAUACUGUUUUGUCCUCAAUCCUCACCUCUUUGGGCUGUAUUACCGAUACGCAGAUAGCAGAUAGCCAGCAACGGUCAGCUUCUGCAUUAGGUACCCUGGUUGCUACGGUGCGCCUGGACCCCCUACCGUGUAAUAUACCAAGCAGUCUUAAAAAUCUGCUUAUUAUUAAUCCGGCACAUAUGGUGCCUGCAAACACUAAGAAGGAAAUCUUGGAAAGGAAGGAUAUCAAUCUGGUAUCUCUUCUUAUAGCCUCGCAAGAUGUCCUUGAAAAUAGAACCUACGCAUAUGGGGAUGUGUCGGUGGUAUUAAAAUCUAUCUAUCCCCGAAUUUGUGUUAGCUUUCGGGAUAUACAGAGAUGUGAUUUGCUCAGUAUAUCCGGAUAGGAGAGAAGAGUUGGACCUUUAUCUCCACAAGCUGGUGGAUUUGGGGCACAAUUACGGUGGUACGUCCUUUUACGACUACCACCGUGCCUUUUCCGAGAAGGCGUCGGCCGCUCUUACUCAGUUUAAUCAUCAAACUGAUUGGGGUGUGCUUGAUACAGAGCUUUUUUGUCGGCACUUUGCGGGCUUCAAAACCCCAGCUUGUGCCAUUUGCUUGUCCAACUCCCACACGGCUAAUCUGUGCCCUAACUCUCCCGAGGUGAAUGCCGUUUUUCCCCCUACUAACAUGAUGCCCACUGGGAGAACAGGCAGGGUGCUGAAAGACAAACUAGGCCGUGAUAUAGUGUUUUUGGGAAAAUCGCAAGUCUGUAAUAAUUUUAACACUGGCACUUGCGGAUACAGUGCCUGCAGACUGCUUCACGUCUGCUCCCAAUGUUUCAGGGCUCACUCAAAAGUAAUGUGCCCCAAUAAAUUAUUUCCUAAGCAUUACUUAUCGUCUCUUAAUGUCUCCCUACUGGAAAAGCUUUUGUGUGAGCACCCAUCGCGACAUCUCGUUGAGUUUUUGGUGGCAGGAUUUACUUUGGGGUUUCACAUGGGUAUUAUUCACAUGCCUACGGGAAUCUUGGAAUGUAAAAACUUGCAGACAGCCCUAGCAGCUCCAGACACUAUAAACCUACUCCUCCAAAAGGAAGUUGACCAAGGUUUCUUAAUAGGCCCUUUCGUCUCCCCACCUUUCGCGGUCUGGAGAACUAAUCCCAUACGACUGGUCACUAACAAAUCCUCCAAUAAGCAAAGGUUAAUUCUCGACCUAUCUGCUCCCCAUGCAUCACCUACCCCAAGUCUCAAUUCUGUUAUUCCAUCAGAAGAAUUUCCCCUCCAAUAUGCGACCAUAGAUAAUGCCGUCACUGCCAUCCUCUCUGCCGGGGUAGGGGCAUGGCUGAGUAAAACUGAUAUUGUAAACGCCUUUAAGUUACUCCCUAUUCACCCUUCCCUGUGGCAUUUACAUGUUGUUAAGUGGCAAGGUUCGUAUUAUUUUUUCACGCGCCUCACGUUUGGUUCUAAGAGCAGCCCCAGGAUUUUUGAUAUAUUUGCUGAGACGUUGUGCUGGAUGGUGUUUAACAUCUGUAAAUGCCCAACCGUGAUCCAUUACCUGGACGACUUCCUGACCAUAGAAAGGAACCUGGUACCUCCUAGUAGCCUCCUGUCCAUAACACGACUGUUCACACAACUAGGGGUACCUGUUUCGCCAACAAAGACUGAAGGUCCACAUACGGUCAUCAACUUCUUGGGAGUGGUGCUGAUAAUACAUAUGCAGGCUAGCCUCCCCAGGGAGAAGAUUAAUCGCAUCCUAGCAGCCAUCAACCUUUACCUAGCAGGUGGCUCAUGUAAUAGGAAAGAAUUACAAUCCCUGUUGGGUUCCCUAAAUUUCUCCAUGAAAAUAAUUCCACAGGGGAGAGCGUUCAUAUCCCGUUUGCUUAGGCUAUUUCCCCUGUUUCACUCUGAUACCACCCGCAUUACGUUAGACAUACAUGACACCGCUGACGUACAUAUGUGGAGAGAAUUUUUGCUAAAUUGGAAUGGGAAAAGCAUUUUUAUCCCGGUAUGGUCAGAUAAGUCAGUGUCAUUAUGGACGGAUGCCGCUGCCACGUCAGGUUUCGCAGCUAUUUGUGGCAAUGAAUGGAUGUGGGGUAAGUGGCCAGGGGAAAUUACUGCAAUCCCCACGUUCAAAGACACAUCAGCCUUAUUUGAGCUUUACCCCGUUGUGGCAGCAGCAGUUAAGUGGGGAGCUGGCUGGUCUGGGAAUACGGUGCAUUGCUUCUCGGACAACAUGGCAACGUGCCAUAUUGUUAACAAGGGUCUUUCCUCUUCCCUGACCAUCAUGCGGUUUAUGAGGACUCUCACUUGGCUAGCUGCUAAACACAGUUUUCUUUUAACUUGCAUUCAUGUGCCUGGGGUUCUCAAUAUCGCUGCUGAUCACUUAUCAUGGUCUCGGUUUCAGGAGUUCCGGGCAGCACUACCAACAGCUACCCCGACACAGACUCCAGCACCUCAGUGGCAGGAAUUGGUUUGGGACUAAAAGAAUUGCUCUAUCACGGUCAACAACUUUCGCAACUCAGUCUUUCCAAUAACACCAGGAAAGCAUAUGGCAGAGCUCAUCAUGUUUUCAAUAAAUUCUUGCUGGACUUUAAUGUCACUGACCAAUUCUCCAUUGAGACUAUCAUCGCAUUUAUUUCUUUUUGCCACCUUCAUCUGACACUAUCAAAUAACACCAUUAAGUUGUAUGUCACAGGUAUUCAACAUCACGUCCUCACAACCUGGCCUAAUAGACAAUGAUUUCUGUCAUCCUAUCAAGUUAAAGCCAUACUAAAAGGUAUUAAAGAUUCCACCCCUAUACCUUCACCGUCCAGACUACCCAUUCACGAUCUUUUGUUUCAGUCACUAUCCAAUCUGCUAAACACCUCACCAUUCGAAGCCCAUACAAACCGUGUAAUUAAAACAGCCAUCUAUUUGGCUUUUUACGGUUUUCUUAGGCCCAAAGAGUUCACCACCACUAACUAUAACUCCCCUGAUGUCAUCACUAGGUCGAAUCUGGUAAAAGUACAAGAUCACUACGUGCUAUCCCUACACCAUACCAAAACUACUGCUAAAGGACAGACUGUCACUAUCACCUAUUACCCCACUAACAAUAAUUGGUGUCCGGUGGAAGUUUUCGACAAAUACCUUUCCUCUUGUACCAUAGCCCCUACACAACCACUCCUUAUGUUACACGGUAACAAGCUAACAACGAGUAAAUUCAUGGUGUAUGUUAGGAUGUUGUUGGUCCGUUUAGGAUUAAACCCAGCAAGUUACUCUGGUUACUCAUUUAGAAUAGGAGCCGCCACUACAGCUUCUAAGAAGAAUAUCCCGGCUCACGUAAUUAAAAUUUUAGGCCGGUGGAAGUCCACGGCUUACACAAGAUACAUCCCUCAGCCAAUACAAGAACUGCGCUUCGCAUUCAAGACCAUGAAUAUGUGAUAUGCUAUGAUAUAUUUGUAGGAUGAAUAAACUGGUUAUAUCUUUUUGCCCUCUUUUAUUUCAGGCCUACUGCCUCGUCAGUUCCGGCACACCACAACUGACAUUUCCAUUCAUUGUUUGUCUUAUGUUACUAAUACUGCGGCUUUAUGCCGUGACCACAAAUGGAAUGCAUGGCCUGAAGUUGUGGGAGGGGCUUGGUUCCCCUUCUUAAGGAGCACCAGCCCUUCUCUUAUUACCUGUUAGGUCUGGCGAGUUGCCCCUCCCACCACACCUCCUUUUUAGCACUUCAUAAGGUAGGCCCUCUUUUAUUUCAGGCCUACUGCCUCGUCAGUUCCGGCACACCACAACUGACAUUUCCAUUCACUGUUUGUCUUAUGUUACUAAUACUACGGCUUUAUGCCGUGACCACAAAUAUAUAUGUAUAUGUAUAUGUAAAAUCUGUGGAAAAAUCUUUACAUUUGUUAUACUUUGUAUAAUAAUGAUAGAUGAAAUAGUAACAUAGUUAAUCUUUCUAGUGUUUUGUUUUAGAGAUAAAUACCAUUGUAUAUGAUUUAGAUAUAUAAGGAUAAUUUGAAGCAGCAAAGUAUUUACCACCUUUGUUCACAAUGGUAUAUAAAAUUACAUUCCCUUUAAAUGUUAAAAAUACUCUUUUAUUCAAAAUCUCUCAAUAUAUUUAGAAUAGUUGAUAAUUGGAAACAUGACAUUAUUCAUCUUUCUUUGUCCUGUUAGGGAGAAGACAAGUUAUAAAAUAUUAUAUAGUUAGUGAGAGAUCCUCUAUUUAAAAUCUAUAAAUAAUUGAGAACACAAUAUAAAAUAAGGAUUGUCUUGGAAGUAAUAAAGUUUUGUCUUUUAGAUAUUUUAAUAAAUAAUUUAUAGCAGAGUUUAUAAGAUUAAAGUACAUGCUUGCAAUAUCAUUAAAAUAGAAUAACAUGCCCUCCUGAACAUGUCAACAUGUCCGCCUCUAUGUCAUUAUAAGAUGGAGCAGCGUUUGUCUCCAAAUCUCUCCCCUGUGUGCCAACAUUAAAAAGGUACAUAUUUAUACCUUAGAUGUUCAUUUUAGGACCUCCCUUAACUUGGCAAAGAUACAAGGCCAUAACUAAAACGUAAGGGUGCACACGUCAUGGGACAUUCCAUUAAGCUAAGACAAAAUGGCGUAAGUUAGAACUACGCAGCAUAUUAUGCACUGAAAGUAGGUAAGAGGUUUUUUAUUAACGAAACAUUGUAUGAAAAAAAAGUUAAUUUCUAACAUGUCAGUUUGCAAUAGCUUAAAGACAAAAUACAUAGUUUUAAAAAUACAACUUAGCAUUCUAAAACUUGUAAUAUUUGCAUUUGCCCAUUACAAUACAAUCUUCCCCUUGCAGCGCUCCCAGUGCUGCCUUCAAGAGUAGAAGCUGAUUACAUCUGUCACCUGCACGUAGUGUCAUAUGUGCCGAGAGUGUAACUAGCCCCUGGCACAAAACUGCAGAUAUCGUAUGUGCAGAAGUGUUCAUGUAGGUUGGAGUAACCCUUUAGGUUCGUGAGAAUUAAAACAUGGUUAAAUUUCUACCCUGAAUAAAAGGAGUCUUGACUUUUCCCUACAGAUAGAGGCAGUACUCACCAAUGGGAAGUUCCAGCCACCUUCUGAGAGAACGGGCAGAGCACCAAAAAUUCAAGCCUUUUAAAACUUUAGAGCCAACUCCAAUUCCCACUCCUUUAGGUUUGAGUUAUUCCAGUUUACUGUCCUCUGAGGAUGGUAGAGCACUCUGGGCUGCGCCCUCCAUGUUUUGUGUGUGUUAGUUAUCGGCAUCGGAUUUCAGGAUGGGGACGUGCUUAAGUUCUUCCUGUAGGCUAAGUAAACAAAAUGGAGAUGUGGCAUGCAAGCUGGGAGUGUACUUUCCACUUAUCACAUUCAUCAAUAGAUUUUGCCAGGUGCCAGAAGUGACCACGAUGAGGUGGCGCACAUUUGGUGGGCCUGUCCUAAGUAGAAUGCCUGUACGGAAUGCAAUGCACUCCACAUAUUGCGCCGUGUAUUGUGCAUGCGCUAAGUGUUUUGGCGCAUCUCGUGUAACAUUUAAACAGUUAAUUGCCGAAAUAAACGUUAAAACCCAGUAUCAGCUGGAGACCCACACAAAUAAAAAAAAAAUAUAUAUAUCUUGUUUUUGUUUUUUUAAGUAGAAUGCUUGUUUCAUGUGCUCAUAUGAGGAGUCUGAUAAUUUGCCAAAAUAUAUGAUCUAGAAGUAAGCAGUAGAGUGAAGAAAACUCUACAUAAUAAAAGGUUAAUUUUCCCUGGACUGCAGAGAUGCAAGGUAAGGUAAAAUUAAUUAUCUUUAACCCCUUCACGACCGAGGAAGGUUCAGGACCGUCAUCUGCAUUUUUGCCUUGCCGACCGAUGACGGUCCUGAACCGUCCUAACGGUCCGAGUUACUUACCUGAUCGCCGUCGUUCCCCCGGCGGCGAUCAGCGUUGCUCCGGUUGUGGGGAGACUGCCUGCAGCCCAGACAGUCUCCCCACACUGAAUUAGGACCCCUGGGGCCAUGUGAUCGCUCAACACAGCGAUCAUAUGGUCACAAUAGGUGUCCAUGUGUCUGCCUGCAGGGGGACUGCCUGUUCUGACAGGCAGUCUCCCUGCUAGUGUAAAAUCAAAAAAAUUAAAAAUAAAGUUAGUGUUAAUAAAAAAUAAAUAAAUAAUUAUAUAUGUCUAUAUAUGAUAUAUAGACAUAUAUUAUAUCUAUAUAAUAUAUAUCAUAUAUAUAAUGCCAUACUAAGUGUAUUUUUAUAUUAAUAUGUACUUAUAUUAAUAUAAAAAUACACUUAUAAUUAAAUUACACACGUAUAUAUAUAAUAUAUAUAACUAUAUAUAAUGUAUAUAUAUAUUAUUAUAAAAUAUAAAUAAUAAGUAAUUUAAAUUAAAUAAUUUUUUUUAAAUAAUAGAAAAUUAAAAAAAAAUUAUAUAUCUAUAUGAAAUUUUAUUCUAACUGUAUUUUAAAAUUAAUAUAUAUAUAUAUUUAUAUCAAAAUACACUUAGAAUGAAUUUGUAUAUAUAUCUAUGUAUAUAUAAAUAAAUAAAAAUAAUACGAAAUAUACAUAUGUCCAUAUACAAAAUUACAUAAAUAAUUAUAUAAAUAUACACGUAGACUUCAAAUAUAUAAAUAUGCAUAUAUAAUUAAAUUCUACGUGCGUAUUUAUGUAAUAUUUUUACAUAAUUCAGUAAUUUUAUUGAUUGCAAUUUGAGGGACCUGCCUGCCAACCCAGGCCGAAAUUUCAGAGAAUUUAAUUUGCUAGCACUGUAUUUUACCCUGUAACGUUCUACGACACCCUAAAACCUGUACAUGGGGGGUACUGUUUUACUCGGGAGACUUCGCUGAACACAAAUAUUAGUGAUUCAAAACAGUAAAACAUAUCACAGCGAUGAUAUUGUCAGUGAAAAUGACUUUUUUUGCAUUUUUCACACACAAACAGCACUUUUACUGAUGAUAUAAUUGUUGUGAUACGUUUUCCAGUUUUUAAACACUAAUAUUUGUGUUCAGCGAAAGUCUCCUGAGUAAAACAGUACCCCCCAUGUACAGGUUUUAUAGCAUUUUUGAAAGUUACAAGGUCAAAUAUAUGGGUCAAAUAUUUUUACAUUGAAAAUGGCCAGGUUGGUUACGUUGCCUUUGAGAGCGUAUGGUAGCCCAGGAAUGAGAAUUACCCCCAUGAUGGCAUACCAUUUGCAAAAGAAGACAACCCAAGGUAUUGCAAAUGGGGUAUGUCCAGUCUUUUUUAGUAACCACUUGGUCACAAACACUGGCCAAAAUUAGCGUUCAAUUUAGUUUUUUUACUUUUUUCACACACAAACAAAUAUGAAUGCUUACUUUGGCCAGUGUUUUCGACUAAGUGGCUACUAAAAAAGACUGGACAUACCCCAUAUUGAAUACCCUGGGUUGUCUACUUUAAAAAAAAUAUGUACAUGUGGGGUGUUAUUCAGAGAUUUAUGACAGAUAAUAGUGUUACAAUGUCACUAUUGAUAAAUUUUAAAAAAUGUAUGUUUUGAAACCACAAUAUCCUACUUGUACCUAUAGCCCUAUAACAUGCAAAAAAAAGCAAAAAAGCACGUAAACACUGGGUAUUUUUAAACUCAGGACAAAAUUUUGAAUCUAUUUAGCAGUUUUUUUCAUUCGCUUUUGUAGAUGAGUAAAAGAUUUUUCAAGUAAAAGUAAAAAAACAUGUAUUUUUUUCAAUUUUUCAUCAUAUUUUUUAUUUUUUUUAAAUUAAAAUACAUGAGUUUAUAUAAAUAAUGGUAUGUAAAGAAAGCCCCUUUUGUCCUGAAAAAAACAAUAUAUAAUUUGUAUGGGAACAGUAAAUGAGAAAGCGGAAAAUUACAGCCAAACACAAACACCACAAAAGUGUAAAAAUAUGCCUGGUCGCAAAUGUACAACAUCGCAAAAAAGGUCCAGUCUUUAAGGGGUUAAAUCUUCUGCUCCUCUCUGUUUGAAGACUGCAUUGAUUUGUAUGCCGUAUUGAUUAUUGUAAGUUACAAGUCAAUAUUAAAUUGAAUAGGCUGCAUUUGUGUUUCCCUUAAACAUUCUAAUGAAAUUUACAAACUGCAUUACAUUUACUUGUAACUGAUUAAUGCAAUACCAGCUGCUCAGGUUCUUAUUGUGUGAAUUGUGACAAAAAAGAAAGUUUAAAAAUUCUCAUAUUCUCUUGGUAUCUAAAACCAAAUAAAUUAACCCAGUUAAGUCAUGUUCAUGCAGCCUGCUUACUGAGCUCUUCAGAGGGAGCACCAGGCCUCUAACACUUUUAUUUAAACACAUGAUAGGUGAACCUCAAAGAAAAAUAUACCACUAUCUAAAAAAAGAAACAAGGAAAAUUGACUGGUGGAGCUAUGGGGGUGGGAAUAAUUUAUAGCUUUACUUGUUUAUAUUGUUUAACACUUUUUAAUGGUUUGGUUCAGGUUAAUAUUUACUUGUUGUGCUGCCAUGGCUGGCCAACAAAAGACAUCAUUUACUGGUGUAUGUUGGAUACAGCGCUGCAAUAUAAUAAUGCAAUUUAAUGUUUUAAUAUUAAAUUUUUUUUUUUUUUUCCAGCAAGGUAAUUUCAAUAGUUCAGUUGGGUCCGAUGGCUAUAUGCUGUCAUCUUUGACUUGUGGGAUGUCACCUGUCACAACCAUCACGGAAGGACUUCAACAGGUAAGGCAUGCUCCUAAUGAAAAGCAAGAUUUAGUAUAGGUGCUUCACAAGUGGUCAGUCUUCAGAUAUUCUCUUUCACCUCUACCAGAUUGUUACUUUUUAAGUCCAUUAAAUUACUGCUUAAUUUUCAACAAUCUGAUUGUAUGGAGUAAUUUGGCAGGUGAGCAAUAGUUAGUCAGGAGUGAGUAGUGUGUUUCUUGCUGUGAGCAUGUCCACUUACUAAAGUGUCUAUCUAUUGCCUGCAAAAUGUUGGUUUAGUGUACACCAUGUUGUGCCAACAAAACAAAUCAACUGGUCUUCUUCUAGUCUGUGGUUAUUGCUUGGCUUGGUGCGUGGUUACUGUGAUUCAUCCAAUACCCCGUUGCAUGUGAAGGAUCCAAGUGAGCUGAAUGAGUGACACAUUAUUUUACUCUCUCUUUCCCAGGUUUUUCAGACGGCAAUGAAACAUGAACCAGCGAUGUACACCAUACAUUUAUUACAUCCUACACGGAUGCAAACAUAUUACAUUCGUACUAUACGUCUGUAACACAUCUCUUAGAUGUACACUUUACAAUUGCAUCACACACAGUACACACCUGCUUCACACAAGUACUCAGUUUGUCACAGGCAUAUAUGAGUACUGCAAUAUUUUGGACACAGCAGGACUAAAUAAGACUCCCAUAAACUCCUUCUGUGUAUCAACUCAUGAUGCGCCAUGCAUAUUAUAUUGAAUCACAUAUGGCUGUUCAACUGGAACAAAAAGAGAACAACCAUAGAAUAAGCAGUAGGGACCGUAUAGAUGCAUUUAUGUAGCAAAGCUUUGCAUUGAUAAAAUGGUAGGGAAAAUCAUCCCCUAGCAUAAUGAAAUGUAACCUUGCCUACUUAUUACCCCAAACACAUGGGUUAUUUAUAUUUUCCCUUUAGGAAAAACGUGUCUAACACGAAACUGGUCACAUUUCAUGUCUUGUGACAAAAUUGCUGGUAUGUAAGGUAUGUAAUAAAGAUCUGCUUAUACCUUCAGGGGAGAACUUUAAUAAAGCAAAAUGUAGAUAUGCGUUAGAGCAGACUUUUUUUUUUUCUCUCAAUUCCUAUGUAUCGAUUAUGGAAAGUCUGAAUUUGUUGUGCUACUGUACUUCUAUUUAAUUUGUUUAUGUAUAUUGGUAACAGCAGCUCCUCCUUUUUUCUUCUUCUAAUUUUUAGGUUGUCACUAUGGGUCUGUUCCGCACAAUUGCUUUGUUUUAUCUGGGAAGUUUUGACAGUAUUGUACGUCGAUGCAUGAUGGAGAGACAAGCCUGUCAGAAAGCUGACAAAACAGACUGACCGUCUUGAAUUUUCUGAACUUGUAUAAACUGCCUGCUGCUAGGUAAACAAAUGCCCUACAAUUCCCCCAAAACUUGAUUAGUCUACCUAUUCAUUAUGGCACUGCACUUAUGAACAGACAAGAGCAUAUUUUCCAAAAGCUCAGUCAGCUUGGCACUGUGCAAACUGUACUGAAAAGUCUUUGGUUUAAAUUGUGCCCAAGAUGUUGUGCUGAGAGAGUAAGUAUUGGAAAGAGAUCGUGUUGCAUACUGCUCCUUAUAAGAUGCAUUUAUUGUGUACCUCUAAUUCUUGAAUAUCAUUAUAAUUCUUGCAUUACUGAAUUACCGUGUAUAGAAGCUUUGUUCUUGCAGUCUAUCUUAUUUCUUCUUUCCAAACAGUCAGACUAUUUAAUGAAUUGUAAUAGGAUGGUAUGUUUUCGGAAUUGACAUCAAAGUAAUACAAUAUUCAUCAAAACAACUUUAGCUUAUAAAAGCAGUUUUAGUAUGUAGAUCACGCCCCUGCAGUUUCACUGCUCAAUUCUCUGCCAUUUAGGAGUUAAAUCACUUUUGUUUCUGUUUAUGCAGACUUAUCCACACUAAGAAAUUCUAAAUUAAACUGAAUGUGCAAUAAAGAAAGUGUAAACCUUAGAUUUCUCUAUACAGGAAUUAUUAAAAACUACUGUGCAUGUCACAUGCUGGGCAGUGUUACAAGGGCUGUAUAAACAAAGUGAUAUAAGUCCCAAAUAGAAGAGAACUGAGCAGUAAGACGGCAGGGGCAUGAUUUAUACAGCCAAACAGCUUUAUCAAGUUAGUUGUUUUGGUAACUAGUGUCCCUUUAAGUGUAACCCUACCAACAAACCAUUUCAGAUAUGUUUUAUUUUCUGGGCAUGAGGUAAUGUUUGAGUGAGGCUCCGUUUUCUCUCGAUGUAUUUACAAAAGCAUUCCACUUUCCCCAUCACCUUUUUAAUGCAUAAUAGCGAUAAUCCAUGAAACCUAUGCAAAUUAGAAAGCAGUAGAUAUACACCUUCUGAGAAACCCCACUUGUUGCAAAUCUGCCUUCCUCUUAUUGAGUGGGAGCUCAGAACAUAUCCUAUAAAUACAACGUUUAAAAAAACAAGAGAACUGCAGAUGAAGUAUCAAAAGUCCCAAAUAGCUUCAUCAAGAUACAAAUAAAGUGAUCUGCAGUUCAGCUUAUUCAUAGCUUACUAAAUAACUACUUCUUACAUUUUUAUAUUAAUUAAACUAUUAAACGAUUAAUAUCCUUUUUUUUUUUUAAAUUUUUUUUGCAUUAUUGGUUGAAUUAAAUACAAAUGGCAAGGGUGCUUUUUGCAGUUUGGAGUGUCCCUUUAAGACCCUUCAAAUAUAUUCGUAUAGAGCUGAUCCCAAAAUAAAUUAACAUUGAUCAAUAGAUAUUAAGGAGUAUAAUUUCUGAUUUCUUUGUCAGAUUGAUAACCAGUUAUAAAGACCUAAAUGGUCAGUCUAUUGGGAAUGAAAGUGUCUUGGGUGUGCUUUUGCCCCACACACACACUAAUGACAUGCCCACAUACAACUAAAAACCUGAGGGGAAAUUAAAUUUGUCAAAUGUCUGGAACUGUCAACAGUAGCACUGUAAUUUUUUUCUGUGCUUGCCAAUUGCAGCAUCACUAUCUGCGACCCUACUGAAAUUCUAUGGAAUAUCCUGAGAGCAAUGGCAGGCCUCAGAUAGCUUUUUAUACGAAGUGCAAUAAAUCUAGAUCGGCAUCUGUAACUUUAAAAACUGUCACCAAAGAUUCAUGGUUGACUUGUAUAUGUGGCUUCUUCUGUGGCUAAAUUUACUCUAAGGACUAAAGACAUGAGGGUAAUGCCAUGAUCCAAAGGGAUUUACCUAAUUAUUGGUCCUUCAGUAAUUCAAAGUUAGACAUAAACAAGUAUAGACCAUAUUGUUUUAAGAAUAACAUCUAAACUGGAAGGAAUGUAACAUUCCAUCACAAUUAUCAGUAUUUUAAUGCCAAGUGGCUUGUCUUAUAACUGCAAUAUGUGGUUAGUUCGACCUGUUGACUGUUCUGUAUGCUCUUGAUUACUUAAAGUAAAUUCUCUUUAAACGUUAUUCCACUGACCACGCAUAUGCCAAGAAUUUCUCAUAGGCCAGAGUAGGAAUGGGGCAACUCACUUUUUGUACUAUAUUAAAAGAACAUUCUAAACCAGAAAGUUCAUGGUCGUUUACCUUAGAGGAGCUAAAGUCAUGAGGCAGGCAAUUGCAUACAGCUCCUGCUUUGCAAUUAAUUCUAAUUGAGCUGCAUUAAAAGGGGAUGGAGGGGGCUACAAAGGCAGCAGUCAAGAUCUGCAGGUUUUGCAAGCUGUUUUAAAUAUACCCACAAUGAAAUAAUGCAUAAUUAUAUCCAUGCUUUUUUUUUCCAUUGGGGUUAUGUCUACUACAAGCUGUUUUGGUUUUUGGACAGUGGAAUGUCCCUUUUUAUUAAAUAAUACCAAUGUUUAUUUACUAGAAAAGGACAUCCCUGGCACGUACUGUGCCCUGGGCAAAAUUAUAGGACCACUAUAGGAACCCAGACCACUUCAGCUCAAUGAAGUGGUCUGGGGGCCAGGUCCCCCUAGUUUUAACCCUGCAGCUGAAAACAUAGCAGUUUCCCUGACAGCCACUAGAGUUUCUUCCUCUAAAUCGCACUAUUUUGACGCUGGACAUCCUCACAGACCUCCAGCGUCAAAAAAGAUCCCCAUGGAAAUGCAUUAAGUAAUGCUUUCCUAUGGAUGGGUUUGAAUGCGUGCACGCCUCUAGCCGUGCAUGUGCAUUCUUCUCCACUCGGGAGCUGACGUCGAUGGAGGAGGAGAGGUGCAGAGGGAGCCCUGCGCUGGAUUAAGGUUAGCAAAUAAAUAGUUAAAUAACCAUUUAUUCACCGUGGAACAGGGCGGUGCCUAGGGCUCUAUAGCAUUAGGAAUACAUAUUUGUGUUCCUAACGCUAUAGUGUUCCUUUAAAAAUUACAUGAUUUAUGGAUGUUAAGUGUCAUUUUUUUUUUAUUUUUUUUUUUCUGAGAGAGGAACCUUGAUCCCCUCUUACCAUAGUGGUUGUAGUGUAAAUAUGCACUUUCUUUUCCUCAAGCAAGUGAUCAGUCCCCUUCUCAUCAGUCUCAUUUGUUUAGAUUAGCAUAACCACCAAGUGUCCGCUAGGCUUUCUCAUUAUUUUAUUGAUCUCUUUUUCCUUGCAAAUUCUGCAUUGAUUUUUGACUAUGAAGAACCCACCUGCUUUUUGUGACCGCACCAGAUCUUCUAUAUAUUCUUUGUGUUUGAUUAUUUUCUACAUGCUAUUUUUUGAAAGGUAGAGAAUAGGACAGAUGGAUAAUCUUGACUGUAAUGCUCUAAGAAUCAUGGUAGAUGUAAUUAAGAAACAUCUAGGUGCUCUUAUUGCUCAUCAUUAAGUAGUUUGAGAAAUAACACUAGCGUGAGAUCAAUUUGGGGAUUUUUGUCUUUUUGUUUUUUAUCCUGUGGUUUAAGUGUGUAACAUGACAGUACAAAAGAGUUAGAUUAAAUAAGAUUUAGGUCUGUUUUAAAAGAAGGUGGAACCUUGUAAAAAGGAUACAUUCAAAGAUAAUACAAACUGCAUACUGCAGGGCUUGACAAAUCUGAAAUCUUGGAGCCAGCUAGAAAAGUUAGGAUCCAGAAAAAUAAAUGCUAUAAGUCACCAGAGAUGCUAUAAUCACCAGAACCAUUACAGCUUAAGGGACACUGUGUAGGCACCCAGACCACUUCAGCUCAUUGAAGUGGUGUGGGUGCAAUGUCACAUGUCCGGUAACCCUACAAUAGUAAUAAUUCCAGUUAUUGAGAAACUGCAAUAAUUAGUAUCCAGGGUUAACUCCACCUUUAGUGACUGUCUACCAGGCAGCAACUAGAGGGACUCUCUGGUUUGAAACGGUAUCUAAUGCUGGAUGUACUCAUGUAUGAGGACCUCCAGCGUAAAAAAUUUCCCCAUAAGAAAGCAUUGAAUAAUGCUUUCCUAUAGGGAAUUCCUAAUGCGAGUGCGGCCAUUGCCGCGCAUGCGUAUUAGGUCUCCCCUGCUGGCUGACGUUAGGAGGGGAGGAGCGUGGGCAAAGAAGUCAAAGUGAAUUUUAAAUUUAAGGUAAAAAUCGCCGACCUGGAAAUUUUCUAUAAGUCAGCCAUACUUCCAGUAUGGUUUCACUUUGAAUUGUCACUUGAAUGAAUAAUCCUGUUGUUGUGUGCCUUACUUACUGAUAUAUUUACGACAGUAAAUUUACAGUUUGGCCACCAAUUACUUUAGAACUAGAAACCACACAAUUGGCAUACCAAUUCCAUAGGGGGGGGGAGGGGGGGUGUAUUUGUAGGGGUGGGGGAGUUGUGUUGAUUUUGGUGUGAAGGGUUGUUGUUGUUUUUUACUACAGCACAUUUAAUAACUAUAGGACUAAUAUAUGAAUGCACAAAAAUGGGAAAUUCUGAUCCACUCGACAUUUGUUAAAGAUGUGCGGAGUUAUACAUCACCUUUGGUCAGAAAAAAAAUCAAUAUUUAUUUAUUUAGUUAACGGGAUUCUCUCUGUUGCCAAGAUUAAAUAUAGUGUAAAGAAAACAAAUAUAUAGAUUUUGCAUUAGCAUAGUGCACACAAAUACAUAUUUCAAAAAACAUUUGUUGUGCCCCACACUCUUAUUAUAUAAUUGCUAUCCACUAACACCAAAGGACGUAAACAGAUUUAGUGUGCAUACUAUUAAAUGCAAAAUAUAACAAUUAUAGGGAGUGUGAGUGUUUGGGUUUGGGUUUUUGUUUCCCCGCUUUUAAUAUAAAUAAACAAAAACAUUAGUACAACUAAAUGAAUUUGUGAUCCACACUAAAAAGUAUGAAUGCAAGUGUAAUGAGCAAAAGACCGAAACUAGCAAUGACAUAUACAAGUCAAAUGCAAUCCAUAAAUAUUUAACUUCAUUCUGGAUAGUAGGCCUGCCUUAAUUUGGUCCAUGACAGUUUUGGCUCCCCCAACUUCCUUCUUCUUUUCCCUGAGGAUAUAUUUGUCACAGUUUUGUAAGCAGUAUAUCCACAUUAUCUGGUAUGUUUUGUAGUUGCUCCUAACAUUGCAUUAGUGGUAAUGUCAUAACCUCUUGUGAUACCAUGGUUAGAAUCUAGUAGAAUAAGGAGAGAAUUUCAACUAAAAAAUAAAGCAAUAUGAACACUAUAGCGUGGGGAAACAAACACUUCCCCUUGUAAGCUCAAUGCUUCUCAGGGAAGAAGCUUAAUGCAUCUCUUGCCAAUACGCUGACAAUAGAUGGAAAUUUUGCACAUGAUUAACAUUAGGCAGCCAAGAAAAAAAAAUAAUAUAUAUAUAUAUAUAUAUACACACACACACACACACACUCUCUUUCUCUUUCCCCCCUCCCCCGUCACAGGACUUUGUAAAUAAAAUUUGGUUUUAUUGUGCAAUUAUACACGAGAAAACGUGUCAACGUUUCAGUCCUCUAUAUGACCUUUCUCAAGAUAGAUAUAUAGAUAUAUUAAUCCACCCCCCACCCUGCCCCACACAGCAGUACUGGCCCAGUCACCACAGCAGUGAGUAAGGCGUACAGGAGUCCAUAUUUGUAUUCUUAUCUAGAUGCUAUAGUGAUCCUUGAAGCCCAAUAUAAACAAAUGUUGUUUAUUUUCCCCCUAAUCUCUCCUGUCCAACAAUGCAACUAUAGUUUAGCUGGCACAUGGCUGCAACAGCCUAUUAUUUUUAUUCUUUGAAGCAGUCGUGCCCUGGAUCUUUUUUGUAUACCAAAACAUUAUUUAACAUAAAAACUAAAGAUAUGCAGCAAAGAAAAGACUCUGAUACCUCUUUUAGUGAUAUAUUUUAAAUGUUUAUUUUAAGCAGGAUCAUUAAAAUAUUGACUACACAUUUAUUGUUCACUCAGUCAAUCAUUGCCAUAUAUACAUUUCUUCCCCAUGAAGCCAACAGAUUAUUACCUUGGCAACAUAAAAUCAUAUACAGUGUAAUCUUCUCAAACUAAAUGUGUUGGGGGUAGCGGGGUGAGUUUAGGAGCCACUUUUUGGAGAGUGGGUGUUUAUUUUUUUAUUUUGCCCACAAAUUGUGAGUAUGCAGCAAAACAAUCUUUAGUAGAAGAGAGGAAAAUUCAUAUUGCCAUAUAGAUUAUGUAUAUUUUUGAUCUCUGUAAAUCUGGAGAAUAUUCCUGCUAUGCAUCCGUGCCAUACCAAUAUAUUAAUAAAAGCUUAUUUUGUAUUUCUGAAAAAAAAACCUAUAUGAUCUGAGUUGAGUUUUAUUUCCUUUCCCUGAGAAACCAAAUUUACUGUUAACAUAUUGAGAAUGUUUGUUGUAAUAUUUAUAUCUGUUUUAAAAACAUUGUGAAUUCUAACCUAUGGAAACUCGUGUGAUCAUAUAAAGUAGGUUUCUUCCAUUAACCACCUGCAUUUGACUACAGUGCUCACCUUUCUCCACCAUCUGGAACCUAACCCUUAAAUUCCCCUCCUUCUUCCAGGAUUAUGUCUCUACAUCUUGUAUUCUACAUUCCAGAAUCCGCCCCAUGCACUUCCGUUACACCUGUAAUGAAAUUCAGCUUAUGGAUAAUGUUUUAGAUUGUUUAGAGUUGUGCAUCCCACCUCUGGUCACCACAGCAGACUCUUUACUGAACAUAUUUACAUCCCCAUAUCAGUCUGCCUGACUCUGGUAUAUUUUCAAAAUUGUACAACCAAAUGCAGAACAUUUUACUCUAUGUUGUUACUUAAAGUAUCCUAAAAAAAAACAAAAAACGUAGCUUGUUGUAGUGUUUAUGGUUCCAGACUGCCCUAAUGACCUCCAGGAUACAUUCAGAGCGGUUUGACAGUUUACCUGUGGUCCCCAGGUAAGUUGUCAAACUGGUAACAACCUGAGAGAGUUUAGAUUACUCUUGGCACCUUAACCACUAGAGCGGGCUCUAUUGGUUAUGGUGCUUGGCGUGUACCUUUUAACUUGACCAGCAUUAAAUGAGCAAGUACAUGGUCCUUGAUUUUAUAAAACCUAGCACUGAUAGAUUACAACACCCCUGUUAAAUAACCAUUUGGCCUUUUAAUUGUCUUAGACUUGGACAUCUCAAAAUGCAUAAUGUUCAGAUAUUGACAGUCACUUAUAUGUUCUAUAUAAUGCCAACGCAUUCAUGAAGCACUUGAAAGCUUAAAGGGACACUAUAGUCACCCAGACCACUUCAGCUCAAUGAAGUGGUCUAGGUGCCAGGUCCCUCAGCUUUUAACCCUUCAGAUGCAAACAUAGCAGUUUCAAAGAAACUGCUAUGUUUACAUUUAGGGUUAAGCCAGCCUCUAGUGGCUGUCUUCCUAUGGACACUUUGAAUGCGCGCGCGGCACUUGCCACGCAUGCAUUCGGCUCCGCUGAUGUUGGCGGGGGAGGAGAAGUCACCGGCGCUGGAUUAAGGUAAGCUGCUGAAGGGGUUUUAACCCUUUCAGUGCCACUGGAGAGGGACCCUGAGGGUGGGGACACCAUCAGGGCACUAUAGUGUCAGGAAAACCGCUUUGUUUUCUUGACACUAUAGUGACCAUUUAAUUGAGUAUAACAGACCAGAAGAUCACAACACAGCUGCUUUUGAAAGCCCUUCCCUUAAGGUUUCAAAGUAGAUAGGAAUAGGAUAGGCAGAUAAGGGUGAGAUCUGUUAUGAAGUAUAUACUCUUUACGUUUUACGUUUGCAAGACAUAGCAAAAAGUAUGUAAGACGUAAGGGUGAAUGACAUUAUAAAGCUAUAAAUCUUGGAUUCACAGUACUUCCCCACUUCAAAGACUGACCUUACCACUGAACUAUUUUUAAAUUGUGUUAAUCCUCUAAAAUCCAUACCGGCUGUAAUUGUGAAGAGAAUAUUUCUGCAAAAGAUGUGAUUCCCAUUUGAGCUUCAUUUAGGCAUGCUGGAAGAGGAGUAAGCAGCUGUGAAUGCUGGCAGAGCCAACAGGGACUUUUUUUUUUUUUUUUUUUUCAAACAGUAGGCAUUUAUAGGUUUUACACCACAGCAAAUACAUUGAGAUGAAGGUUUGCCUAGAUUUAUGUAAGUUACAUAAUAGCCGGUAUUAUCCAGCCUUUGAAUAUAUUUCCUGACAGAGUCCUUACUUGGAGGACUUAAAGGGACACUCCAGGCACCCAGACCACUUCUGCCCAUUUGAGUGGUCUGGGUGCCAACUCCCACUACUUUUAACUCUUACUCUUUUUUUAUAAACUGCAAUAAUUACCUUGCAGGGUUAACUCCACCUAUAGUGGCUGUCUACUAGACAGCCACUAGAGGGCACUUCCUGGUUCCUAGCACAGGAAACCUGUGCUAGAGCGUUGCUGGAUGUCCUCACACUGUGUGAGGACCUCCAGCGUCACUCAUUUCCCUAUAGGAAAGCAUUGAAAUUGCAUUGAAAUUGCAAUUGCUUUCUCUUUUACCUGAUUUUACAUACAUUUCCUUUUUAUCUGAUUUUACGUAUAUGGCUUACCCUGUUAGAAGUGCAAAGAAUCCAUAGGUGGGGAUUAUACCACCCGAGCGCCUUCACUGAGCAGUUUUGAGUCUGCUCUACUUUACAUGAGUAGUAUACUUUGCAUCCUUUUAUUUUGGAUUACAUACAGUGAGCACUAUAUAUUUUAUUCUAUUUUUUUCCUCUGGGUCGUAUAACUUCUAAUCGAACGCUGAACCCACGUCAGAUAUUCAACUAUCAAAAUCCACUCCACAUAUCCUUGAAGUGGGGAUCAUUCCACUUUACGCGAGCAAUAUCAGAGCUGAUCCUAGCUCUGAAAAGUGUGAGUAAGACUGAUUUUAUAUUUUUAUAUUUAUUUUAUACACCGAUUUACUGUGCCUUGGAGUUUUGUUUUAUUCUUCUUUCUACAUAUGCUGAAUUUUCAACACUUGAAGAUACGAUCCCAUCUACACCUUAAAGAAUAUUCCUCUACAAGUGGGACCUACCCUUACGGACUGUGAUAAGCUCAUUUUAUUGGACUAUUGUUUUAUUACUUAUUUAUCCUGUAUUUUAUUUGACUAUUUUAGUUCUAUAUUUUAUCAUACUGUUUCUUAUACAUUUUAGGCGCAUCCUUAUAUCUCUGUUUGUUUUUACAGAGAGAUGGAUGCAGGUUUUCAGGAAGUAAGAGGUCUUUAUUAACAUAGCAAUCGGGUCUCAGUUGAACUAACGUUCCAAAACAGGUCUGGGGGCCGAACACAUGGUGUACAUGCUCUUUAUAGAACUAUAACUCCUCCCAUUAAUAGCUCCACCCGCACAUACCCUUAACCAAUCAGUGGACAGGAUUUGGAUUUCCUUAUAUGGGCAGACCACAUGGCUCAUCCGAAACAAAGGAGAAAGGAGUGUGAUUUCAGUUCCUGCAUUCCUGCACAUGCUCAGUACAUUGAUGACAGUAUCUUAGCUAUGUGUAACUAACUAACUGAUACAACAUACACAUAUGCCACGUGGAAAUCUCAGCCUACUAAAUUUAAAUUUCACAGAAAUGCCAUCACAUUCCCCCCUUUGAUGCCUCUGAUACAAAAUUAUUCCAGAUGCAUCACCAAUCAUGUUUACCAACACCUCUCAAGUAGCCAUUGGACCAGAACAGACCUUGUAAGCAUCUUAGCAUCAUCACAAACUCCUUCAGCAUUCCUUAUCCUGAAUAUAUUCUCUUUGGGCUAGGGAUUCAUAUCUAUAGACAGCCAUUACAUGAGCAGCUGUCUUUCUUUCUAUAGUACUCUCUAUGAUACUACGUAUAGAUCUGACGACUAAUGGAAUUAGGCAGGGCAGAAAGAGACAUAAGAAUAUAAUGAAUACUACUCCUACUAACGCCUUAAUCCCUCCAAGCUGCUCAUACCAACUUCCAAACCAACUACUAGGAUUAUACCCAUUCCAGACCUGAGUAGGUACAUGCGUCAGUUUAACCAUGUGGCUUGUAAGUUCAGCCACUGCCCGCCCUUCAUCAUCUAUGUGCAAACAACAGUUGCUGAGAUUAAACUUUCCGCAUACACCUCCCUCUACUGCUAAUAGGUAGUCCAGAGUUAAUCUAUUUUGAUAGAUGGCUGAUCUCAUCCGAGUAUUUUGCUUAGCUAGAAGAGUAAGUGCUUGAGCUGUCUCAGUGAUAAUCUCAACCACCGCCUGUAGUCUUAUAAUACGGUUGAGCAUAUAUAUUGGGGUUCUAGAUCCAUAGGUACCAUCUUCUGCCCAAGUAGCAGGUCCAUAAUAAUUAAUAAUGCGUUGGGGAGGCCACUCAUCAUCUUCCCAGCCACCUAUAUUCAAGGAUGCUCGCUUCUUUUUACGAUUUACAUCAUAAACCUUAACUCCCAAGGUCUCUCCUGUCUCAAUUGGCAACAAGAAGAAGGAUGGUUUGAGCAUACCUAAUACACAUGCCCCUUCCCAAUCUUGUUAUAUCUCUGAAUAACUCUUUCUUACCACAGAUCCAAUAUAAAUUUGCUGGGGCUUUCCAAUUGGAUGUAGCAGAUAAGUCAAACCAUACCUCUUUUAAAUGGGUGUAAUUGGCAAACGGAUUAGUAGGCUCUGAGACAUUUGAAGCUGACCACCAAGUAGUAUCUUUAGUAUCGGCAUUAUAGGCUUUCUGUCCUAGACAUAUUAACUCGCCAACAGGUGUGGUAUGCAAUGGCCCUUUCCUGGCUAAACAUACAUGACCUAUAAUAGAGGUUUUUAACUGCCACUCUGAUUUACCUCUAGUACUUACUUGAUGAUCAGACUGAGAAAGUAUUUGUUGUUCAUCUGUCUCAGAACCAGGGUAACAUACUUCCUAUUUAGUCUCAUGUCGACUAAAAUCUAGUGGAGAUUUUGCUGACUAAAAAUUAUUGAGGAAUUAGUUGACUAAAAUCUACUGGAGAUUUUGUUGACUAAAACUAAAACAGUUCAGAUUACUUAAAUACGACUAAAACAAAAAUGGAUUUUUAGUCAAAAGACUAUGACUAAAACUAAAUUGAAAUUUGCCGCCAAUAUUAACACUGAUACAGCGUCCUCUAAAUCCCUAUAAGAAAGCAUUUAUUCAUACACGUGUGCAUUAGGUUCUUCUCACAAUGAUGUCGGAGGAGAUGGAGCCAGUGUCAAGCAUCCUUGGCGGUAGAAUAAUGUAUGUAAAAAAAGGUUGUUUUUUUUAAACCCUUUGAUAGAAAUGGAGGUGAUGUGGCACUAUACUAUACUAUAGUGUGGGGAAUUCAGCUGUGUAUUCCUAACACUAUAGUGUUUCUUUAAGCAUGUUACAAACAAUCAAUGAAUUCCCAUGCUCACACAUCCAUGCUAUCAAUUAUGCUUGCAGAACAAAAAGCCAAUUAUCCUUUGGAUUCAUAAAUUAGUUAACAUCUGCAAAGGGUUUAUUACAUUAAAUGCACUAUUUGUUUUGUUUUACACUGUCAUCAAUUAUCUUUUAGUGAGUCUCUUUAUAGGCUUGGAAAAAUCAUGACAUAUUUUACAACUGACAAAAAAUAUAUUAAAUAUAAGUCACUUGUAUUGUGUACAAUACUCUAAAACAUGCAAUGUGAUUGUCUUACAAAGUGUCCACUGAUGAACAAGAUAAAUGAAAUGGGAGAAAUAGCUUUGCACUGUAUAAGAAAAAUAGUGUGAGUAUUAAAAUAAGUCUGUUAUUGGAACCCUUCCAAUAUACAAGAUGCAGUAGAAACUCAAUGUUUCAUUGUUUGGCUAAAAUGGUGCUGGCUGAAAAUUAAAGCAAAUGUUUCCUAAUACAAACGCACAAAAUGUAGCCCUAUGCGCAAACAUUUUCCUGAAUCUCUAAUGUCUCAUUAGAGAUUUUGCCCUUUAGCUGAAAACAGCAAGGUGAAUUAGGGAUUAUUGUAGCUUUAGUGAACAAAUAAUCUAAAUUUUAUUAACGACAGGCAAAUAUUUGCUUAAUCUUUCUUUACUGAACCUCCUAGCAGCAAAGAAACAGUUAACAAUGAAGUAAAACCAACCAAUCAGAGUAUACAACAAUGUCAUAUAGUGUCAUCAAGCUCCACCCAACUGCUCUUUCUUGCUGUAGCCGAAACUGGCACAUCCUCAACCAUGUAAACGAUGGAAUACGAAGAACAGUAGGUCCCGUUGUAGGAUCUUCAGUGGAUCAACCAUGUAAACAGAUAAUUAGUGAACUGGAAAUUCCUUGUUUUAGAGACAGAAGCAAGUCUUCACACUAGGAGAAAACAAAAAGAAUUCCGUAUAGACUCUUUGGUAAGAGUUUUAAACAAGUUUAAGGUUAAUAAUAAUUAACAUUAGCAAUUAACAUCGUUAAGCAUGAAUGAAUGAACUGUAAUUCUUGAGCAUAAAAUAAAACAUUACAGCAACAAAAAAAUACAUCCUGUGCUCAAACUCCCACUAAUCUUGGGCGGCAGCAAUGACCACAGUACACAUCAGCCCCAAUACAUACAGUAAAACCUAAAAAAAGUUACCUGAGCUCUUCCCAAAUCCCUAUGUAUAUAUUAAAACAAAUGGAGGUUAUUUAGUUACUCUAAUGGCCAUGUGAGGGAAUGCCCACCUGCCAUGUCAAGGCAAACCUCUUAGGUGGUUAGUGAGUCAAACACUUGAAUAUCAGAAACUCUGCGGAAGAAAACAUAGGAGUAAUGCCAACUUAGUAGAGAGUUGGCAUAAUGACAAAGCCUCAAUAGAUGGCUAAGAUUCCAAUAAAGAAAAACCUGGGUGACAUCCCAGAAAUGAGCAUAUAUGGGGUUAGGAGGUCUGGCCAUGCGAAUGCCCCAUAGAAGUCUACAAGUGGAAGGAUGUUUCCCUAUCGAAGCAUUAUCAAUGGAGUUGUGAGCUUCAGAAAUUACAGAUCGAAACACAUUAAUCAAUCUAUAGGAUUUGCCCUGGUCAAGUAGGGUAGAUAGAAAGUUUACAAUGGCUGUAAGAGGUGCUGAAAAGGGAUCGAUAUCCCAUUCCAGACACCAGCUGAUCCAUGUCUGCCAUGCAGAGAGUUAAGCGUGUCUAGCUCCUGGGGCCCAUGAAUCCCAUAGGCGUGCUUGAGCGGUUUCCAAAAGUCCUGUGACAUUCCAAGACCCCAGGAAACGGUCCAAGCUACAAGCUGGAGAUGGUUUUAGGUUCCGGAGGAUGUCGGGGGAUCAAGGCAAUAGAAGUGGGUAAUUCACUGAUAGUUCCAGAAGAGUAGGAGACCAGGUCUGGAAACCUCCACAAGGGGGUUACAAUGACUACCGAGACUACUAGAACUUUGACCCGUUGGAUCAUGGAAAGGGGUGGGAAUGCAUAAGCUCCUGUCACUGGCCAAGGUUGUAGAAAUGCAUCGACCGCCAGAGAUUGGGGGUCUGGAAGCCAACUGAAAAAUGCCUCCGUCUGACAGUUCAACCGAGACGCGAAAAGGUCGUGAGAGGUCCCCGAAGGAGAUGAAUGUAGUGAAACAGUAGAGGGUCCAAUUACCAAUUGCUGACAUCCCUCCAAUGACGGGAAAACCAGUCUCCGACUAGAUUGUCAGGGCCUGGAAGAUAUUCCUCCCGAAUGGACAGAUUUAUCUCUAAACAAAAUUAGUCGAGAUCCUUCGUAAGAUCGUACAGUAGUUUGGUUUGGGAUCCUCCUAAUCGAUUCACAUAUUGUCCAUGCGUAAUGCUAGGGAGCAAUUGAAGAAGUCUUUUGCGAAACUACGGAUCGCAAAGGAUACUGCAAUUAACUCCAGGCAGUUGAUGUGCAGAAGUUGCGCCCCAUCCCAGGAGUCUGGCAUCCUAUUCCAGAAUGAAGUCUGGCUGCGACCCAAAUAUGGCUUUGCCAUUCCAGGCUGCUAUACGGACGUCGUCCCUUAGGCAAAUCAACUGGUCAUAGGAAGUGGAUCGGUGUAGGUAAAAUGUUUUUAACCGCUGCAAAGCUCGGUAAUGUAAAGGUCCCGGGUAUAUAGCCUGGAUAGAGGCAGAGAGGAGACCUAUGAUAUGAGCUAGAUCACGUAGGCGAAUCCGUUGAGCUGACAAUAAUUUUAGAAUUUCUUUCUUUAUAGAUUUGAUUUUUGCGAAAGGAAAUUGUAAAAUCGCCUGUAUUGAAUCUAUUUGAAAUCCGAGAAACUGAACCACCUGAGACGGUUCCAGAUCAGAUUCCUGAAAAUUUAUAACAAAGCCCAGGUUUUGUAACAAGGCAGUUGUCAUGUUCGUGUGCUGACGGAGAAGUUUUGGAUCUUGAGCCAUGAUCAGUAUGUCAUCCAGAUAUAUAAUGGAACGAAUCCCAUGAGAGCGAAGUAAUGCUAUGACUGGUUUAAUCAAUUUUGUGAAACACCAUGGUGCUGAGCAAAGGCUGAAAGGAAGGCAUGUGAACUGCCAAAUUUCUCCUUGCUAUAGGAACUGAAGGAAAGCCCGAUGGUUGCGGGCAACAGGGACUGUGAGAUACGGGUCCUUGAGAUCAAAUCUGGAGAACCAAUUUCCCACGCAAAGGAGGUCCCUGAGAAGAUGAAUGCCCUCCAUUAUGAAAUGGCUAUAUCUGACAUGUUGAUUCAGCACUUUUUGAUUGAUAAUUGGGCAAAGAUCUCAUGUCUUUUGCGGACAAGGUAAAAUGUUGCUGAGGAAGGUAUAGGGUGAAAGGUGAUCGUUCAAUCGCCCCUUUCUCCAAAAGUUUGUUCAACUCUGUUUGCAAUGCUAAAAUGUCUGUUAUAGACAUCUAUAUUGGUGUAGGUGGGUAUUCUGAAAGGGGGUUGAGAGAAAAUCAAUUUUGAAACCUUUGACUGUGUGUAGGACCCAUUCAUCCUGUGUAAGCAAUUCCCACUGUUGGAAAAAAUGGGUUAUUUGACCUGCUAUAGGUACAUUGAAAAAAGGAAAGUUUAUUACCUGAAGCAGUGCAUUCGCAUAGGGAAGCAGAUCCACGUCCCCAGAUGGAUCCUCUGUUGGUAAACAACUGUCGGUGGUAGGGUCGGGUGGUUACCGAAUUUCAAUCAUUUUCUGUGGGGCGAGGCCGGUAGCCUGUGAAGGCAGCUCUGCUGGUUGCUCGGCCUCUAUAGCGACCAGCUCUCCCAGAAAAACACUGUGGUUGAGAGCGAAAGCUUAACGAGGAUUGGGUUUUAUUUAAAGUAGUGAAUACUGAGACAUGUUUAGAGAGAUCCCUCAUGAAACUGUCUCUGAAUAAUAAGCCGUUCGCUUCAGGUCCCAAUUCCCUGGAACUCAGGUAUGCUAGUUUAGCAUAAAUCGUGUACAGUGCCGCCUUACAUCUCUCUGUAAAGAUAGCCACAUUUGCAUUCCUUAAUAGGCAUAAAGCCCUCUGGGCCCAUUCCAGCACUGUAUGUGGGUCAAAUUCACAACUACGGAUAGCUUUAUCAGCUAAAAUAAAUAUCUGAAUGAUUGGACCAGCAAUGUCCAAGAGCUUGUCUUGCGCUGCCUUGAGACCCUGUUCAAUAGCCUUAAGAGGGUCCUUACCCUACUUUUGUGAGGAAAGUCACUAACAUUGGGUCAAACUCAGGCGUUACUGCCACUUUAUUUGGAAUGGUUGGCUGAGGACAUCCGGCUCUGAGCUUAGCCCUAAUUUAUUUUUCAAGGUGCUGGCGCAGCCAUAUUUUACAAAAAUUAGUAAUGUGGUCAGGUGGAGCUCUCUCGGAUGAACGUGGAUGCCUAAUGACCGUGGGGUCCAAGAAAGGUAUGCAAGGAGCAUCCAGUAGGAUGUCUGAAGUGGGCUCUUUGGGCUUAGGAAUACCAGAAUCCGAAUCUAAAACAGGAUUCUUAGUAAUAGAGUAGAACCUUCUAGAGGGUCUAAAAUCUCAUGAGUAGGGUGUGGUAAGGACAAGUUAAUAGAUUUUGAGGAAGCUUUGCCCUUGCCAACAGAGACACUAUCCUCUGUUCAAGGGCAUUUGCGUGUGAUUUUCUCUUGAUCUGAAAGAUGAGAAUCUUCCGAGUCAGAGGGCUGGUGCGCAGUGGGAUUAGUUUCGGUAGAAACGUAUUCAUGAAAAGCUGCUAACGCCCUGGGAAUCGACUCCGCAAUAGUGGAGACGAGCCAUGCUUGUACUUCUUGUCAAAUGGCAGAGUGAUCAGACAUAUUGUUCUGUCUUUUUAAAAGAACUAAUUUAGGAAAUAAAACAUAUGUACUGCGGUCUCCAAUGCGAUAUUAUGUGGUCUCCAACAGAAGUUUUUUUUUGUUUUUUUUUAUUCGGAUUUUAUUGUUUUUUAUAAAGUAAUACGGGAUACAGAAGGGAAAAGGGAGUAGGUUAGUUGGGGUACACGUGUCAAUAGUACAUCAUCAAUAGUCGACCUCUCACAUUACAGUGAACAGCAUGAUUUAACAUUCAUAUCGAUACAGCAUAAUUCAGGUGUAUUCAUGCGAGUAUUGUUCACAGCCUCCUCUGUUGUUCUGCCUUCGAUAGUAUUAUUGUGGUGCAAGUCACAGGUAACCACCUAAGCAGGAUGUUCUUGCUGCGGAUACGGUGGAGUGCUAUUCUCCAUGCUUGGUAGCAUUUCAGUAUACCACCACUGUUAUGUCUUUUACUUGAGUUUGAGUAUCCACUGAUUAUGCGGAGCUAUGAUGUAGCCUGUGCUGCAUCUAGUAGUAGGUAGUAUAGUGACCCUUACACUUGGGGGUUAAUAACUUGGUGAAGGAGGGGGGAAGGGAUGGAAUUUCCAACAGAAGUUUUUUUAAGUGAGAUGCUUAAAGCAAACAUCUUACCAAUACUUAAGCUGGGGAAGGAUCCAACUGACGUAAAAAAAUUAUCGUCCAGUCGCCUUUAUAAACGUUGAUAUCAAAUUAUUUUCUGUUAUAUCAUACAGAUUAAAAGAAGUACUGAACAUUCUGAUUCAUCCUGAUCAGAUAGGUUUUGUGCCAGAUAGAAUGGUGAACAACAAUAUUAGAAGAUUGAUUGUAAUUGACAUGUCACAACAAAACCUGAAUCCAAUGCUGAUCCUGUCAUUAGAUGCUGAGAAGGCUUUUGACAGGGUCAGCUGGGCAUUUAUGAAGAGUACAUUGGAAAAUUUUGGCAUUAAGGGUUGGAUUCUAACUGCAUUAUUAACGUUAUACUCCUCUCCAAUGGCUACAACGAUUGGCCAUAAUAUCUGUUCAAAAUGGUUCAAACUUAAAAAUGGAACAAGACAGGGAUGUCCGCUCUCCCCAAUUUUGAACAUACUAACAAUAAAGGUAUUGGCUAAAAGAAUCAGACAGAACACAAACAUCAUUUAUUUGCAACAAACAAACUUAAAUUGUCACUUUAUGCCGAUGACAUUAUACUAUUUUUAACUACCCUAUUAACGUCCCUACCAACAGUAAUGGAGGAAUUGGAGAUUUAUGGUGCAGUUUCAAAUUAUAAAUUAAACAAUUCAAAAUAAGUAGCAUUAUAUAUAAAUAUGCCAAAAAAUUAAAUAGAUAACUAUCAGGACAGAUAUGACUCUUUAAAUCAGAAAUCCUUUGUUUAUUUCUGAAUUAAAAUUUGUGAGAAACUAAAUAGAAUAAUGCAGACCAACUUCAUGGAUCUUCUGAAAAACACCAACAAAAACUUAAAAGAAUGGAGAAAUUUGGAAGUAUCCUGAAGUGGUAGGAUCAAUAUUCUGAGAUCAUAUGUUCUCCCUAAGUGGAUAUAUCUAUUUAGGAUGCUGCCCAUGGCCAUCCCUCCGUCGUGGAUGAUAAUGGUUAGAACUGCUUUUUCAAACUUUGUAUGGAGAGGAAAAAAGCCUAGAAUUCAGAACGCCGUAAUAUCAAGGAAUAGUAAAAAUGGUGGACUAGGAUAUCCAAACAUUAGUAAAUAUUAUGAAACUGGCAUUCUAGCACACGUAAUGAUAUGCCAAUUAACUCAAACAGAGAAAGAGGCCUGGUAUAUUAUGUAACAAGAAGUUUUUCAAAUUAAUAAUCCACUAGAUAUAAUAUGGAAUAGUAAAAACUGUAAUUUCUCAAAUUUUUUCAUAUGGGAAUAAAUAUCCCAUAUAUGGAACAAAAUUAAUAAGAGAUUACGACUAAAAAACUACAUUUUUGAUUUUCAAAAUGUUGGUGAUCGAGAGAAAUAUGACUAAUAUGUUUUUAAACACAUGGAAAUCCAGAAAUAUAGUUACUAUUAAAGAGUUAGUUUCAAAUAAUAAAUUAAAACCAUUUAAGAGUUUAAUACAAGAAUUUCAUGUGACAGUUGCUGAAACAUUUACAUACAUAAGAGUUAAAACAUUUUUUAGAAAGAGUUGAAAUAAUUACCGUAUAUACUCGAGUAUAAGCCGAGUUUUUCGGCACAUUUUUUGUGCUGAAAAAGCCCCCCUCGGCUUACACUCAAGUCAGUGCCUGUAUUAUGUCAACUUACAUUGCCAUAAUACACACCAGGUCCUGUUGGGGGCCAGCAGCAAGCUGUUACUUACCUUUCCUGCAGCUCCGUUCAGCUCCCAGUGUAAAUCUCGCGAGACCCGCGGCCGUCAGAGCACUGCCACGGGUUACCGUGGCAACUCUCCGCGCGACACGCAGACCGCGAGAUUGACACUGGCAGCUGAACGGAGCUGCUGCAAAGGUAAGUAAGCGCUUGCUGCCAGCUCCCCCACUGCACAGCCCAUGCCACUGGACCACCAGGGAAUCAUAUAGCCCCCCUCCCUGGCCAGGCAACAGGCAGAGAGGGGACAAAAAAAAACCAAUUAAAUAUCAAAAUAAUAAUAUUAAAAAAAAUAUUAAAAUACAUUUUUUUUUUUAAAUAAUAAAAAUGCCCUCCUCCCACCCAGUUUACACACACUACACAAACACACACACACUCUGCAGCAUAUACACACACACUGCAUUCACACAAACACACACACUGCAUUAUAUACACACACUGCAUUCAUACAAACACUCUGCAUUAUAUACACACACUGCAUUAUAUACACACACACUGCAUUCACACAAACACACACACUGCAUUCAUACAAACACACACUCUGCAUUAUAUACACACAUACUGCAGUGAUACACACGCAUUCUGCAUUCAUUAUAUAUACACACACACACACACACUGCAUUCAUUAUAUACACACACUACACACAAACACUGCAUUCAUUAUAUACACACUACAUAAACACACACACACUCUGCACUUAUUAUAUACACACACUGUAAAUAAAUAUUCGAUUAAUGUAAUUUAAUUGGGAUCUAAUUUUAUUUGGAAAUUUACCGGUAGCUGCUGCUUUUCCCACCCUAGGCUUAUACUCGAGUCAAUAAGUUUUCCCAUUUUUUUGUGGUAAAAUUAGGGGCCUCGGCUUAUAUUCGGGUCGGCUUAUACUCGAGUAUAUGCGGUACAGAUGGUUUUAUUUAUAAAUUGAUGAAAGGAUUAUUACAGGAGAAUAAAUCAAAAAAAAUAUUUUCACGAUGUAUAAAACUUAUUGAAGUGAGUAAAACCUCCACAAUACCCCCAGCCAUUAAAAGAUGGGAGAAAGAUCUAAAGAUUAAGAUAAGUGAGAGCGAAUGGAUGUCCUCAAGUUUUAAAAACUAUGUUAUGUUCAUUCACUCUCACUUGUGGAAACACACUUUAAAAUGAUUAACAUAUGGUACUUGACUCCUGUAAGACUAUCUAAGUUUGUUUCAGAUUCAAAUGGAAAAUGUUGGAAUUGUGGAGUAGCUACCGGAAAUUAUGUUCAUAUGUGGUGGGCUGUAAUAAAGUUUUGGUAAUAUGGACGCAAAAUAUUAUAUUUAGAUUAAGUGAGAUAAAAUUUCCAAAAACCCUUGUAACAAUGGUAUUACAAUUACAUUGGCCAAAAUUGAAACAAAUAGAUCAAUUCUUCAUAACCCACUGUUUGAUUGCUACUAAAAAAAUAAUAGCAAAAAACUGGAAAGGAGAUAAUGAUUUUACUAUCUCCCAGUUAAGUGCUUAAAUAUUAUUUCAGUUAAGAAUGGAAAAGGGCUACAUCAAAUGUAUAGAAGAAUCUAUUGAUUUAUGGGAGAAAUGGGAUCCAAUAUUGAAUAAGAUAAUUAUAGAUGGGAAGCUGGACAGUUGAUUCUGCCGGUUUCUCCUAUUUUUUCCCUCUAUUGAUUUGAUUGGGAUGGGGGCUCUAGCUGACUGUAUAGGGUAAAGGUCAACUGUAGCAAUAGGCUGCAGAGGCCAUUGAUAUGUUUGUAGGAUGAAAGUUGUUAUUAUAAUUAUUUGUAUGUUAUUUAAUAUUUAAUUGUAAGGUAUGUCUAACUUCUUGUUGUUUGUUAAAAAUUACAAAUAAAAAGUAAGAAAAAAAGUCAAAAGCAGAUGUACUGCACAAUAAAUGGGGUUCACCCAAAUUAUUAUUGGUAAAUAGGAAUGCAGCAACACCAUAUAAUUUAGUGGGGUCAAUUACUAAGGUAAAUCAGUGGGGUUCAUCCACUAAGUGGGGUAAUCCACUCCAAUAUAACAAUAAGUGGGGAUCACCCACAAACAAUUAAAGAGUAAGGUGGAAUUAAUCUACACAAAACAAAUUGAAAAGUGGGGUUACCACUUAAUAAGUCAAAAUAGGUGUGUUCACUUGUAAGUAAUAAUAAUAAUAAUAAAUAAUAAAGUAGGGGUCACCUACUAUGGGAUACAUUGUAAACCAGCAAGUUUAUUAACCAAGUGAGGGUCAUUCACAAUAAUUUUCAAAUGAAAAGAAAGUGUCACCCACAAAAGCCCUCCAGUUUAUUAUAACAAUGUUAAAAUAAGCAGGUCUUGAAAAGUGACUUGAUUGUAUCUGUAGGAGAAACAAAUAGGAAUAGUAAGUAUCUAGUAAACUAACUCUAGCACAAUGAUAUUUAAAAUGAAGCAAAUGGUAAAGUAAAAAUGUACCUUGCUGAGAGAAGUAUGUAAAGCUGCCUACAGUUCCGACCGUUGCACUGCUGUGGCGAAAAAGGCGCGAAAAACAUAGGCUCCAUGUAAAAUGGCCACCGCCAGUUAAUAGAAGGUAGGGGAGGAGGCAGGGCCAGGGCAUCAUGGCGGCUGGCUGCACAUCGAGUGAGCUCCUGACCUCACUCUCCAAAUCAGCCUGAAAAACCGACAGCCAGCUCGCAAAAAUCGCACUACCCAGCUACAUAAUACUUACUGAAGCCCUGGGGGAAGCUCCUGACGAUUUUCCCCACGGAGAGCCCGCUGCGGCCUACCAUCGCUGGCAGACGGGUAAAGCGGCCGAUCGCCCGAACUACAUGGCGCAGCUACAAGUGAGAUCUGCCACAUACCCUGCUCUCCCCCCCUCUGGAUCGGUGGGGAAUAUCACAGUCCCCACUGAGGCAAGCAUACGCCUGAGCAACGACCCGCUCGUAGAAACGAGGCCCACAAGGCGAAUCCAAAAUGGCCUCCGGACAGGAGACACCGCAACCGCGAACAAGCCAGGGGGCGCAGGAGUUGCUGGACCCCUUGAAUGACAGGUUUGAUGCUAUAUGUCAGAAAUUCUGGUGCCGACUUGCCAACCAACCUCGGGUGAUAUCACGCCCUGCCGCCCCAAUGCCCCACAACAAUACCCUUGUAGCCAGUCUCUCACCCAAGCCAUAGGCUUCUCUGGAGCAGAGCACACAUCUGCCUGCACCUCCUGCAGCACAGCUGGAUGGUACUGCUGAACUCUAUACAGUUUUUCUUCCAAGCUGGGGGCCCAAUUGGAGGUAACCCCCCACCGCCAUCCAUAUACCCAAGGGUCUGUUCGGAACCCGGAUGACCCCUGAAGGGAUUACAAUGGACAUACAGAGACCUCGCGGACCAGCAUUCUGCCAGCGGGUGACAGUACCCAGUCCACACAGACCUGGAAAUUGGAAAGGCGAAACGAGAGCAGAUGUGCCUUAUCAUCUAUGGCAUGGACUGUCUAUCUGAAGGAAAGUAACCCGUUUAUCCUAUGUUAAGCUCCUUUCAAAUAUCUAGCCAGAUAUACCCUGGCGUAAGCAUGAUUAAUCUGUAUUAAUUAUUUCAUGAAUACCUAGCCCGAUAUACCAUGUCCUUAGCAUGUUAACUCUAUAACAAAUGUCUCAGGCAUAACUAGCCUGACAUAUCUUGUCUAUUAUUAUAAAAAUAUGGCAGCCUAGCUUAGGAGUUUACUCCGUUGUAUGUUGAUAUAUCGGUUUUUAUGUUUAUCUACUCUAAGUCCUUUUUGUAUUCUGUAAACCGUGGAUCAAAUCCCAUAAUAAAAGAAAGAUUGACAAAAAAAAAAAAAAAUAGAAGGUGGGGAAAAGUGCGUCAGAGCAGACGCGAGUAGGAGGGAACCGUGGAAAAGGCGGGAAAGUUCAGACGUAAUAGGAUGAAACCAAAGUGGUAAUAGAGAUUGCGGCUGCAAGUGUGAUAGCGAUCGCGGGGUGAAACAAAGUAUAAAUGAUCGCGGGAAACCACGCGAAAUGCCCUGCGGGUUGUUAUAAAAACGGCCCGACAGGUAGAUAAAGAGUUGCCAUGAACCUUUGAGUUUUAUUAAGGGCAUAUUGACUAUAAGGGUCUGAAUGACUAAAAGUAAAUACAAUAUUAUUUAAAUAAUAAAAUUAAUUAAAUUGUGUGAGAAAAGCAAGCUUUAUAUUAAAGGACCACUAUAGUGCCAGGAAAACAUACUCAUUUUCCUGGCUCUAUAUAGUCCUUGGGUCCCCCUCACCCCCAGGGCCCCCCUCCCGUCGGGCUCUAGGGUGAGGAUGGGGUUAAUCCCUUAACUUUAUAACAGCGCCGGGCUCCCUCGGUGCUGGGGACUCUCCUCCUCCUUUCCCCGUCAUCGACUGAAUGCACAUGAGUGUAGGACUCACCUUAGAGGUUUUUCCUUUACAUGGCACGUGAGUUUACACUUUAAAGGACCACUAUAGUGCCAGGAAAACAAACUUCCUGGCACUAUAUUGUUAAUAGGACCCCCACACUCAUGGCCCCCUCCCGCCGGGCUCUAAGGGAAGGAAGGGGUUAAAGGCUUACCUUUCUCCAGCGCCGGGCUCCCUCGGCGCUGAGGACUCUCCUCCCUCUUCCGCAGAAUUCAGUCAGUCCAUAUUCAGUCAGUCCAUAGGAAAGCAUUUCUAAAUGCUUUCCUGUGGACGCUGGCUUCUUCUCACUGUGAAAAUCACAGUGAGAAGCACGGAAGCGCCUCUAGCGGCUGUCAAUGAGACAGCCACUAGAGGCUGGAGUAUCUCUGAAACUGCUAUGUUUACAACAGGUAGGGUUAACCCUAGAUGGACCUGGCACCCAGACCACUUCAUUGAGCUGAAGUGGUCUGGGUGCCUAUAGUGGUCCUUUAAUGAUAAUUGGAGAGAUACAAAAAUCCUCCUGUUAUUUAAAUGUGCAUAUGGAUUUGGGAUAAUAGGCAGGUAACAUUUUGUUUUGUUUGUUUUUUUAGAAAAAAGAACAUGGUGCAAGAGAAUAUUGAGAACGGAUAAAAGUUAAAAUAACUUACCGUUGGAUUGAACCCUCGCUCAGAUCUCAAGCUGGUUUUAGCUCAUUUUGCUCCAUUAUAAAGAAAACCUAGACCAUUUGCAUAUCAGAUUGAUCCCACCCUAAAGGGUGGCCAACAUCCAAAAUACAGCAACCCAAAAGAUCGCUUCAGCCUUGUUAGGCUUUGUCAAUAAGGUAUAGUCAAUACCACUCUAGGCACAGUGAGCAAGCAGUCUGUGUCUGGAUUACUCUUUAAACUUAGGGAGAGCAAAAAAACAAGGUGCAAGAAAAUAUAGAGAACAGAUAACAGCUCAAGUAGCUUUCCCUUCGGUGGUCCGUGGGCAUUUCAAAAAGAACCUAGGGUCCCAGGUUGAUGUAUCUCUUGUGCAGUGAGAACUUUUUGUGUGCUUCUACACUGGCUUAACUACCAGUGGUGCAGCCAGUACGUUCACAUCAAGGCCUGCAAGCUUGGGAGUGACUGAUUUGGCAAGGUUGGGGGGCACUAUAGGGAGCUCCUGCUUCUUGUCUGAGCAAUAUAAAAUAUAUAUUUUUUUGUCGUGAUAAACUAUUAUCUAACUAAAAUCUUGGCACUUGUGAAUCCACAAUUCCUCAAAAGGUACUGUUAGAGACCAUAUCACCAAAUGAUUAAUUAAGUAGUAUAGUCACAGUUCUUGUAUUUUGCAUAGUUUGUAUUUGUAUAAAAUGUAAGCAAGCUAGUGAUAACUUAAGACUGAAAUAUCAAUUCAGCAGCAUGGUGCUAUUAAACUCUUCAUUGUCACAUCCUUCUCACUGUCACAACUUGACAAGCAGUUCUGCCCGUGACAUCCAUUCUCAUGAAUCAUUUUGGAGAAUAUUCUAAUAAGCAGUCAUUGGGAAAAAAAUAGGAUAUUCCAACUAACCAUUUCACUUUUGAAACUUUACCUUAAGAAGUGAUCUGUAUACAUGGCUGCACUGGACAAUCACUAUGUACAAUAAGAAAAGAUGACUGAGAUCUUUAUUGUCAUAACUGUGAAAAAAUGAUUACAUAUUAUUAUUAUUAUUACUGCCAUUUAUAAAGCGCCAACAUAUUCCACAGCGCUGUACAAUUGUGAAAAACCAAUACAAUAUAAACAGAAGGUAGAAGGCCCUGCCCAUGAGCUUACAAUCUAAAGGUAAAAUAGGGAAAUGAGAUAAGAGGUAGCAGAGGAAUUUAUAGUGUGAAUGCAGUGAUUGAUAACAUGUGAAGGGAAUGAGGAGGUGAUUGACUGUGGUUUGAAGCAGCUGGAGGAGUCAUGCUAUAUUCAAUGUUUUAUAAAACAACAGCCAAGUCUAAUAAUUUGUGGUAUAAGUAGUAGUUCAAUUGGGAAAAAUUCUCCAAAUAGCUAUACCAAAAAUCCACCAAAUAGCUAUACACCAAAUAUUGCAGCAUUGGUAUUUUGACCUACAUUAAGCAACUUGGUUUUAAAUUGUCCAUAAUUUACUGUUUAGUAAAUAACCCCUAUUACAAGUAUGAACAUUAAUUUGCAUCUACACGUAUUUGUCUCCAAAUGGGAUGAAGGAGAUGUUUAUCCAUCAAUAUGUUUUUUUUUCUUUUUUAAAAAGCUGCUGGUGUAUAUCAGAUGAAAUAAACCAGAUUAAAGUGUUUACAAAACAAGGUAAUGGCACAUAAUAUCCACGUGGGAUCUUUAUUUUCAGCUAUAAUAGAAACAUUCCGAAGUCAGUAGUAGGACAAGGUCUGGAGAUCUGCCACUGACAUGUGAUAUACUGUGGGAUGUUGGGCAAAUGGUUUUAUAUGCCAGUAACCUUUCCACCAACACAAGUAUUUAACUAUACAGAAAAGGGACUCUGUGUGCGGUAACCGCUCCUGUUUAUUGCAUACCAUAAAACAUUAAUAUUUAUUGUGCAAUUACAUUGAAUGUCUCUGACUAUAGCAGGAGGUCAUAAGUCACAGAGACUAUUGUCAUGCAUGUUUCUUGAUCACACUACAUCUACGCAGAAUUAACUAUACACAGAAGAAGUAUAGCAGAAGACUGACAUACAAGUCUAAAUGGAUGCACUGGAUUAGCAUUCCCACACAAAGUUAUUCAUUAAACUGUGAACAAUUCAUAGUGAAUUUUAAUUUUUCUUCAAAAUUUGGAAUCUUUGUUUGUCUUUUGAAAUGUACUAUACAAGAAAAAGGGUUGGUUAUAAUCUUAAAGUCUGUCACCAUUAUAUUUUUGUAUCCUAUUUCAAUUGUGAAAUUUACUAUGCAUUUUAUCAGUCAGCACAAUAGUUUUAGGAAUAUUAGUUUUCUGCUUGCAGUGCUUUUUCUUAAAAAUGGCCGCUGCUCAACUCAACAUAUAGUCAAGUCUAUGAAAAGUUCUCACACACUCACACACGUACAAACACUCAUACACCCCUGUGUGCACACAGUUUGGGAACCGCUGCUCUAUAACAAAGAUGAACAACUGCAAUAACUGUAACUCAACAUACUAAAAUGUUUCAUCACCAGUGACCCAGCAUGGUACAUGAUUUCCCAAUGUGUACUAAAACAUAAUAAAAAUCAUAAAAAAAUUAAAAAUGAAGGGUUAUUCACUGAACUGUGAAUUGACAUGAACUUGUUAGGCCAAAAUAGUGGAGCUUAAAAAUAUGUUUAAGUUUCAAACUUUCCCAAUUUGGCUAAAUUGGCCUAAAAUGUGAAAUUCUGGUAGGUUUCUAACAAAACCCUGCUCAAUGAUCAACUACUUGUAAGCAACUCUACCUCUAACCAUGUAUUACUAACCCUAUAGUGUUAAAAACACAAUCUAGCACCCUGCCACCUCCUAAAUGUAGUAAAAUCUUACCUGUAUUCCAGUCUGUUGGUGCUGGCUCUGCCCCUGAUCUGCCUCCUUGGUUGACAUCAUCAUUUCCUAUAGGAAAUUGUUGGAUUGACUGAGAUUGUCAGUUCUGAUGCUCUCAGCCAAGGAGGUGGCCUGGGGGCAGAGGCAAGCGCCACCCUGGCCAAUCAGCUUCUCCUCAUAGAGAUGCAUUGAAUCAUUGAGUGCUUUCUUUCAUGUUUGAGUGAUAGUUUUUAGUUUUAAGGUUUUUUUUCCCGCUUCCAUAGCUAUGUUGGCGCGAUGCAUUUAUGGGGCUGGUAUAAAAAUUUUUCCAGGGCUGCUUUUCAUUACCAGUCCGGCCAUGCUCCUAUACACACAGGAGGGGUUGUGAAGAUUUUUUGCACAAGGCCUAAGGCCGGCCCUGACUGUGCUGGUUUGUGCUCCACAAGUAACGCUAAGUCUCAAUAGCUAGCCAUUAACCAAUCUCAUGCUGAUGAGAUGCAUUAACAACAAAACAACUGUCCAUAUAUUUGAUGUGAAUGAAAGCCCUCUUUCUCCGGAACAAAAUGAUACAUAAUAAGUGUGAGUACACUAAAUAUGAAAGUGGUAAGUUAUUGUUGAACAGACAUAGAGCUCACAUUAUAGUUUUUUUUAUUUGGUCAGAACUUGCUCUAUCCUUGAAGGGAAAGUUUAGGCUGCUUAAGGCACCAUAACAACUUCAUACAAAUUAAGAUGUUAUGGUGCCCGUUGGCUCCUGGGUGCACUCUCACCUUCAGGAGUUAAACCGAACCCCAAAGUGGCCUCCAGUGCUGAUCUCCACUACCCCUAGGCGGCAUCCCGCUUCUGAAAUUUCAGUUUCAGGAAGCGCUGAGUGCCAUCAGGCAGGGGUGCCUCUGAUUUGCUGAGAGCAGUCAGCUGAUGCUCUCAACCAAUCAGACUCCCCAAUCACAAAACUGGCUUGGAAAAGGUACGUUUCUUUCCAAGCCAGUUUUAACCCCUGAAGGUGAGAGUGGACACCCAGUGUCCUCCUGGCACCAUAACACCUACAUUUAGCUGAAGUUGUUUUGGUGCCUGGAGUGCCCCUUUAACAGGUUAAAUCGUGAACGUGUUUGUCCAGGCCCUUUCUUACAUCCAGUUCCCAAUUGAUGAUGUUGUUUGGUUUUGUAUCCUAUGUCUGUUUUGUCUCCUAUGUCAGAAGCGCUAGAUAGUGUUUUUAACACUUUAGGGUCAGGAAUACAUGUUUGUGUUCCUGACCCCAUAGUGUUCCUUUACCUUACCCAAUGGCGGGGCCUGACUAGGAAUUUUUAAAAAGCCCUGGAAUUUUGUUUAUGCAAGCCCUAUCAUGCAUUGCAGUAGUAUAGCACGCAGAUAUAAAAGUGGAAAGAAAGACUUAGCAUUAAAAAUUCUUCUUUGAAGGACAUCUAAAGCACUUCAACUUGUGUGGCCCACUUUCAUAAAAUUUACGAUUUCAAGAGAAAUCAUCAUAAAUUAUAAAUUAAUCUAUAAAUUAAUUUGGGGGAGGGGUGUGGCUGACUGAGCAGCAUCAUGGACGUGUCUCAGAGGAGCUCCGACUGAUUACAGGCUUUUUAGCCCCAAAAUAGACCACAACGCUCCGCAGACACACCGAUCAAUACCCCCACCAGCAGACAUCAAUGGGACGCUAGAACUGGAGAUUUCAUCUCCCUGCGGCCCUGAAACUGCCAGAUAUUAGGCUGUCCUUUGAGCGGCCUGCUCCAAACAGCGCGACCAAGAUGGCGCCAGCAGCGCGAGUGGAGGUGGAGUCCUCUGAAAACUCGUGUGAGGAGAGUGAGGGUUCUACCUCACCCCAAGAGGCCGGAGUAUACCGGGAGUUAGACUCAGAUGAUUACUUUUUUCUGGCAACGAAAGGAGACAUAAAAAGUCUCCUACAAGAGGUGAGGAGAGUGUGGAAGGCUGACCUCCUAGAGGAGUCUAAAGAAAAGGUCAGAGAGAGCACAGUAAAGCACACCCAAAACCAAGUGGACAGCCUCCAUCAACAGGUCCAGAUGCUAACCAAAUCGGUCACCACACUGGAAACCAGACACAGGAGACAUAAUAUACAUCUAAGAGACAUCCCUUAUCAGAUAGGAGGGGAGGCACUGCUCCCAUCCACCCAGAGAUUAAUGGCGUCCCUGGGCCUGAGCGGAUCGCAAGGUGAUUACAUCUGCUUUCAGAGUCUGCAAGGCAGCGGCUGCCCCACCUUGAGACACUAUAGCAGUGACGACUGAUAUUGCAGCUCGCACUGCCAUCAUGAACAGAUCCAGACAGCUCGGCAACAUUUAUUUUGAAGGCCACACGGUGGUGAUAUAUGGUGACCUCAUAUUCACAGUCCUAUCAGAACGGGCCCCGAUAGCUGCAUAACUGCGGAACGCCGUGAUCAAGUAUCAAUGGGGAGCAAAUGGCUCACUGGCGGUGACACAAGGAGACACAGCACUCACCUUGACAUCACAGGGGACUCUAACGCAUUCCUGCAGAGACUAUAUCUAGUUGAGACCCAAACUGGGGGAACUUUUACCUCAGGAGCCCCGACCUCAAACGCAUGCAAUGCUAUAGGCCACAGAGCGCAGUUCCACUGCACAAAACAAUUGUUUUACGUUGGUUUACUUGUUUUAGUUAAAUUACCUCGUAGCAUAUAACCAGCUUUUUACUACAGAAAAUAUGUUAAUUAACUUAACCAGAGACACACUAGGAGAUGACACGUUCCCUUUAGGUUAAGACACCUUGCAGGGCAUGCCCACGAGUUGUAACCUGCGACAGAGGAAACUGAUAUGUUGUUUGUCCACAAAGCCUGCACCUAACUACAAGGCAGACACACCACAAGACACCUUAGAGACAACACCCUCAGAGGCACACUACCAGCCAUCAGCUAAAGACAUAGAGGUCACUAGGCACUGACUAUGCAAACACUAGGUACAAACCACAACAUAGGCAAACUCUAGCUAUCUUAUACUUAAAUCCAUGAUGUUAUAAAAUGUUGUCUGAUGAUGUCUACCUGUAAACGUAACCUUUUAUAAUGAUACAGUCUCCUUUUUUGGAAUUGGUAACUCUAAUAAAAUACAAAUAAAAAAAUAAAUUUGGGAACAAUACUUUGCCCUCAAACUGGCAGUCAGGAGGCUUCCUGAUUCACUCAAAUGAUCACUGAAUGAUUCACUUGAAUGAUCACUGAAUCGGAUGUGAGAGCUUCCAUAUAGAAGCAUUAGGAUAAUGCUUCCAUAUGCAAAGCAUUCUUUUGGGCAAUAGUGCAUCUGAAUGGAGCAGUUGCUGCAAUUGGUGCCUAUGCAGCAAUCCUGUAAGAAGAGAUUGUUGUCAUUGACAGUCACCCAAUACAGAGUAGUGGCAAGAGAGAACUCAUUUAAGCAAAAAUGCAACAGAAUACACUCAAUGUUUCAGCCCUAUUACCUUGACAUCUUUUGAAAAGUCUGGUAAUUGGACUCAAACAUUUACUGUAUGUUGGUGCACUUCUGCCAGUAGCUGAAUUUUUAAUCAGCUAUUGUGGCCUUAGUCUGGGGUCAACAAUCUUUUUUCAUAUGAGGGCCACAUGACUGCAAAUUGAUGGAAGACAUCUAUAUAGCUUAAAAAAAUGAAGAUUAUAAUAGCAGAUGGUUACCUAAUUUGGUAUACUUAAAUAGGAUUGCCAUAUUUAAGGUUACCAAAUGAAGGAGUCAUCUACUAAACACCUGAAAGAUCCAUAUUAACAAAUGAUCUUUCAGAUAACUAAUUUACUUUCCUAAUGAGGGACACACACACACUCACUAACAGACACACACUCACUCACUAACAGACACACACACACAAACUAAUAGACACACACUCACUCACAUUAACACACUUUUUCUUUUAAUUCAACCCCCCUUACCUUUGGGCAGUGCUGGCGAGGGAGCUCUGAUUAGUAAGCUCUCUGUGCAGCUCCCUCGCACCCCGCAGAGUGAUACCGGGAGCCGGAAUAUGACAUCAUAUUCUGGCUCCCAGCAUCACUCUGCAGCGCGCAAGGGAGCUGAGUAGAGAGCUCAGGGAAAAGUGCUCCUUCGCCAGCGCCAACCAGAUUUUUUAGUUAGCCGCAGAGAAGAUCUAUGCAUUUUACAGGCUCCUGCAGAUAGCAAGGCGUGGCCGCCUCUUUAAGAGACCUGACUGGGUGGCUAGCACCCUUUAAGAGACAGCUCCAGCAUCCCAGUCAGGUUCUCUGCCGUGCUGUCCACCAGGGGGCUUCAGUUUCUGUUUGCAUUAUUCUGCUUCCUGACCCCUUGCCUGGAUUUAGCAGUGCUGAUUCACCUGUAGCCCUUUUCCAAUUAGGGUCAGCUGCAUCUAAUUUGCAGGCUGUAAUUAGUAUCUGGUCAUUUUGCCUGUUUGGUGUUUCCUGCUGGAUCUUUGCUUCGCUACUGACUGAUUUCCUGGACUCUGACCUCUGCCUGCUUUACCGACCACGUUACUCAGCUGCCAGCCCUGACUUCUGCUUCUCGUCUGACCCUGCCUUUGGAUUUCACCUUAAUCUCUACUGCACUUCUGGUUUUUGCCUCCUCUCUGUGCCAUCUCCUGCAACUGGGCUCCAACUGCUGUUAAACUGUUACAUAAGUCCCCAGGUGACUGUUACAGCUUAACUGUAGGCAGAGUGUUCUUUUCAGCAUAGAUUUCAUUUUUCUUCCUCCAGAAAUACUGCUGAUCCAUGGGGCCAAAAAGUUCCAGUUAUGCUUCAUCGCUCCAUAGAACAGAAUCCCAAAUCAUCUGACUUAUUUAUAUGAUUUUGAGCAUAUUGGAGCUGACUUUUCGUGUGCUUUUCGGUCAGUAGAGGUGUACGUCUUGGAGUUCAGGCAUGGAAUACUUCUGUGUUUAGUACACGCCUUACCGUGCUCACUGAAACCUCAGUGCCUGUUUUUCACAACCUGCCGUUUAAGAAAUCGUGUUGCAGCCAUUGAUAGCUUUCUUUGUCUGCCAUGUCCAGGUAGUGUAAUCACUGUUCCUUUAAUUUUGAACUUGUAAACUAUGCUUCCAAUGUUGUCUCUAGGAACAUUCAGUGCCUUCGCUAUGUAUUUGGAUCCUGUUCCUUGUUUGUGAAGGGCAAUGAUCUCUUGUCUUAACUUUGUGGACCAUUCUUUUGACUUAGCCAUAUUUCUUACAUGCAAUCAAACAUGACACUCAACAAAUUCUUAGCCAGUUCAGGUAUUUCAAGUGUUCCACCUCAAGCAAAUCUGGUGCAAUUAAUGAAGCCCUUGAUUAGUUGCAUCAGAUGUGCAGCAGGCACUCAAGUUUCAGUGACACAACACCUGUUUUGCAUAUUUGUGCUGUUGUGAGGGAUUCUAUUAGGGGGUUGGAUAAUUUUGAGACUGCAGAGGUCAUUAUAUGUUGCAUUUGUGUUAAACUAUUUUAAUUGCUUUUGUUUGAUUUGUUCUUUGCAAACAGCUGAAAGUCUGUACAUUUUGACAACAAAACCUGAUUUUCAAUUUUGAAUAAUUUUAAUUACAACUGUAUAUUAAUAUAUAUAUAUAUAUAUAUAUAUAUAUAUAUAUACAAAAAAAAUAGCUGUACCUUGCACUCUGGCUUCAGAAUUGCAUGACCGGGUGCAUUACCAGGGCUCCAGUAUCCAGGUAAAUGAAGUAGUUGGCUAAACUCAUGGACUUUCAUAAAACAUAACUUUAAUUGAAGUGUUUAAGACAAGAUCAACGUUUCAGUCCCCCUUGUGGACUUUCAUCAGGAUCAUACAAGCAUUGAAAAUGACAGUGAAUUUAUAGGAUACAAUAGAUUGCAAUAAAAUCUGUGCCGUGACACAAGGCAUUUGCCUUGGGUAGCAUUUUCAGGGUGGCGGCCCACAAUCGCCCUGGCAAAUGCCUUGCCAGUCUCUUGUCCUGGGGGAGCUAGUCGACUAGCCACCUCAGGGCCCCCCGAGGCUGGCAUGCGCUGAUGUUGGUAGGCGGGGGAGAGGGAGCACUCUCCCCUGUUCAGCUCCCUCGCGCGGAACGCAGUCAUGCCGGAGCCGGAAUAUGAUGUCACUCCAUCUCCGACAUCAUUAAAAGGUGCGCAAGGAAGCUGAGAAGGGAGAUCAAAGCUCCCUGCCGAAUCCACUAUGAGCCUGCCUGCCCUCCCUAACGCCUGCAUGCCUGCCAGCAAAGCCAGCAGCAGCCCCACUGGGAAGAAUCCACUCCAGCACUCUCACAGGUAGAGUAAAAAAUUGUGAGUGUGUUAGUGUGUGUCUGUUAUUGAGUGUGUGUGUGUGUCUGUUUGUGAGAGUGUUAAUGUGUUUUUUAGUGAGUGUGUUAGUGUGUGCCUGUUAUUAAGUGUUAGUGUUUGUGUCUGUUAGUGAGUGUGGCAGUAUACACUCCUGAAAAUGGGUUAAUACCGCUGUGAUCCAGUUGUGAUCAGCUCCAGAGUGUCAGGAUUACAGAGUGAUCCAGCACAUAGAAUUGUGUAACACAGAGGACUGAUAGGUAACGUAUACCGGACCUUAGAAUGGCCGGACUAACGUACCAAAGAAUAGUCAGGAAUAGACACAACAAUAAGGAAAAGCCAGGAGUCAGGGAUGCCAGAAAACAGGGAAGUCAAAAACAAUGCCAAAGUCAAAUAACCAGAAUAACCAGAAUCAAUAAUGCGCUCUAGGACAACCACAAGGGAAACCACGACAGGGCACUCAGCAGGAUGAGAACUGAUAGGCUCUAGAUCUGAUAGGCUGUAACUGGCCUUUGACCCCAAAGGCAGUUAACAGGAUCUCAUUUGCAUAAUUGCUGCUCAGCAUUAGCCCUUCUGUGGAUUUGGUUGCUGCUCGGCACAACUUUUCCUGUUUGGACAGUAAAUGCCAUUAACCACAUUUUUAUAAGCAGAUGAAUACGUGACAUUACCAGGCUUGAGAGGAAAUUUGGCGUGAAAAUAGCAAAUCUUGCGGCCAGCAUGUAUAUCAGAUGCCGCAACCCAAGAACGAUCGGCUGGUCCAUAACCUUUCCAAUCCACCAAGUACUGUAAAGUGCCCCGAGAAAACCUGGAAUCAAUUAUGGAGGAGACCUCAUACUCUUCCUGUCCAGAAACAACUAAGGGAGGAGGAGGGACACUUGAGACAGUAUAUUUAUUGCAAACAAGAGGUUUGAGCAAGGACACAUGAAAGGUAUUAUGAAUUUUCAAGGAGGCCGGAAGGGCCAGAGAGUACGCAACAGGAUUGAUCCUACGAAGGACACGAAAAGGUCCAAGGAACCUGGGAGCAAAUUUCAUGCUAGGGACUUUGAGCCUGAUGUUACAAGAAGAUAACCAAACCCUCUCACCCACUUGGUAAACAGGGUUGGCACUUCGACGUGUAUCAGCAUAAUGCUUGAAACGGUCAGCAGCAGUACCCAGAGCAGAUUGAACUUUAACCCAGGUAUCACGGAUGAAAGCCAGGCGGUCAUCUAAAUCAGGAAUAGCCGUAUCAGAAAAAACAGCCGGUAGGACAGUAGGAUACCGGCCAUUAUUAACAAAAAAUUGACUAUGCCCAGAGGAGUCAUGGUCAGCAUUGUUCCUAGCAAACUCGGCGCAUGGUAGUAAUUUGGACCAAUUGUCUUGAGUGCUAUUAACGAAACAACACAAAUAUAAUUCCAAGGACUGGUUAGCCCUCUCAGCUGUACCAUUGGUCUGGGGGUGGUAAGAGGAUGAAAAAGACAAUUCGAUCCCUAAUUGUUUAUUGAAGGCCCUCCAAAACCGAGGCACAAACUGAGAACCUCUGUCAGAUACUAUAUUGUGAGGAAUGCCAUGCAGACGGACAAUUUCUCGUAUAAAGAUUAGUACCAGGUCUUGAGAUGACGGCAAUUUCUUGAGAGGAAUAAUAUGAGCCAUUUUAGAAAACUGGUCCACAACAAUGAAGUCCAUGGACAAGUGGGACCAUGGGACCUCAGGAAUAGGAAGAGGUUGUAACAAGCCACAAGGGAGUUUAUGGGGCACUUUGGAAACCGCACAAAUAGAACAGGCCUGCACAUAUUCCUUAACAUCCUUCCUGAGGGAAUCCCACCAGAAUGAUCUCAUGAUAGCAGAAGUGGAUUUAUUAAUACCUGAGUGACCACACAUUGUCGUGAAACACCUUCAUGAUAUUAACCCUUUCCCCCAAUGGAACUGUGACAGAUCCCUCUGUCUUUGAACUAUAUGGCUAUCCCGUUUGAUUCGUGUGGAUUCGUAUAAUUUCCUGUCCGUAUUUCCCCGUUCAUUUUUUUAAUCUACCGAACAAACUAUCGAAUGGCCGGCCACCCAGAAGAGAAGUGUGCUGCUGGUUAACCUAUUGGCCUCAAUUAGAACAUUGUGGUUAACCGCAGACACCUCUUAAUUGAAACCGUAUGCUGGGUGGUUGUUGUUCGUAUGCCGACCACGAGGCGGCGGCCAUCUUAGACGCACGAAUGAACAGCGGUGUUCGACGACAAUCUUAUGGAACCCAAAACGGACACUUUUUCUCCCGCCGACCUCCCUUCUUUGUCAUCUGGCAUUCGAACGCCGGUCCGUUCGGGACUUUUUCUUUCACAAAUGGACUUAGCCCAGAUAGCCAUCCCAUGGAGCCCUUCGUAUACCGAAAGAACAGUGUGAAAGACUUUGGCUCCAUGGCAAUUGAACUGUGUGUAUUGGAUCUGAGCGCCAUUCAGUUAUAAUGUGCGCUCAGAUCUAGGCUAUCUGGGGAUACGUUAUAUGUUCUGAAUAUAUUCGGUAGUUUUACAGUUAUUGAAUUUUAUGUAUUUUUGUUGAAUCCUGUAAAAUGGCGUUUUGCCUCUAUCAAUGGAGAUAAUUGGAUUUCUUCCCAAUUAUCUCCAGGAUAGAGAGGAGGGGUUUACUUAUACAAAGGGGAGUGCUUAUGCCUGAGCCACUAUGAUACUAUACUUGUCCCAGUCUUCCAUCUGGUCCCCUAGGGGAGUGUCCACCAGGUGGGAGACCUGCAUAAAUACCGGGCAUGUAGCCCUUAAUAAAGCAGAUUCCUGUUUUACCCCCAAGACGGAGCUUGGUCUCGUGUUUGGGGGAAUUGCUACUUUGUAUUAUUCUUUCCAGGAGAGAAGGAUUUCGUCUGAUUCUCUAUUCGAGAAAUUGGAGUGUUCGUGAGUUGCUGGUCCCGUAUCAAGGAGAAAAGGAUUUUGUGUAUUUUCCCAGUUCAGUGAAUUGAAGGGUUCGUGAGUUGCUAUUCCCGUAUCAAGGUGCAUCCCUCAUUCGGUAUUAACCCUUGAUACCCGGGUUAUACCGUAACAACUGGUGGCAAGCGACGGGAUGGUUCUCAUCGCCCAAAAGAGCAACUACACAUCCGGACUUAAUGGAAGUACCGUAUGAAAGGAUGAAAAGAGCUACCCUUAAAGACCUGCUAGAACCAUGGGGCCGACAAGCCAGUAACCUCAGGAAGAGGGAGAUUAUUGCAAUACUGACGAAGGAACCAAUGGGCCCGAAGAAGCAAGCUUUGACCGGGCGGUUAAAAUAAGCCUGACACAUUAUGGCCCCAACCCGACUACUGAAAUUAUCGACCGGGUCAUAGCAGCUAUGGAGGCCAACCUACUUCGCCAAAGCGGCGCUGCAGCAGCCCAAGUCACAGUAAGCCCGGUGGAAAAGAAAAAAGUACAUUUUGCAGCUUUUAAAAACUUAAUUGAAGCAGAAGGAGAGAUUGAUGGGUACCUUGCUGAUUUUAUGAGGCAAUGUGCGCUACAAAAGAUACCCGCAGAGGACUGGGUCACGAUAUUAUACGGAAAAUUAUCCGGCCAGGCCAGCGAGGCUUUUCGGGCCAUUCAGGAUGAGGAAGUCGGGGACUAUAAUGCCGUAAAAGAGGCUCUGCUCUCCAGGUAUGCGGUUACACCGGAGGCAUACCGGAGGCAGUUCAGAGACACUGCUAAACUAGCUGGAGAUUCCUACAUCGAGUGGGCAUGUAGGGUACACCGCACAGCAGCUCACUGGAUGGCAGGGUGCCAAGCCGUAUCCGGGGAAGAGGUGUUGCAGCUAUUCCUGUUGGAACAUUGCUUCGACAAGUUAUCCGCAGGAGUCAGAGAGUGGGUUCGGGACUGUAAACCCUCCACACUACAUGAAGCUGCUCGCCUGGCAGAUGAGUAUACGGAUGCCCGCAAACUGGCUACUGCUACCACUAAGACCCCUGCCAGAGUGGAGUACCGACCAACCGUAACCCCAGCAGCUACCGGUUACCAAACCCCGGCGCACCGCCCUACAGCACCACCUCCAGCCACAAACUACCCUCAGCCAACCCGGUUCAACUCACGGGACUACUCGCAGCCCAUCUGGUGUUUCGGAUGUAAGCAACUAGAGCACAAAAGACCAGAGUGUCCACUAAACACAGCGAACCAAGCACAGUCCUGGAAGAGACUUGCCGGCGGAAACCCACGUAACCCUCAGCCCGCUGCCCACUGUGUAGAGAAGGAAGAAUGUUGAGGCAGGUAAAUGAAGCAGACCCUGUGCAAGCUGCCCACCGGGAUAACCGACAACAGCACUGGCAACUGGUUAAAGUGAAUAGGAAGGAGGUCAGUGGUCUACGAGAUACUGGUGCUAUCAUGACCUUGCUCCAAAAGAACUUGGUGUCCGAGAACCAGCACACCGGAGACACUGUGGCUGUGAGGGUAGCAGGGGGCGCUGUGUUCCACCUGCCUGUUGCCCGGGUAUAUUUGGAUUGGGGAGUGGGUGCUAGACAUGUGCAUGUGGGGAUCAUGAAGGAUUUACCAGCUGAUGUUCUCCUUGGAAAUGACUUGGCCCCCCCUUGUUUCUGCCUACGCUCCGAUGGGUCCCGCUGAUGUUAACCCUGUGACUACCCGUGCCCAGACCCGUGCCACCGAGACCGACCCACCUGCUGCCAAGACCCAGGUAAGACUCUCUCCCCCGACUUGUACCCUAGAUCAGGCCCCCUUAAGCUGGCAUACCCCAGAGGCGUACGGGAGGGAAACCCUGGAGGAUCUGACCCUUCAGAAGUAUAGGGCUAGGGCAGAUGCUGGGGAAGAGGGGAUAGAUGGGGAAUGUUAUGAGUGGGUGGGGGAUAGGCUGUAUAGGAUCCCUAAAUCUUCCCAGAAAAGUGCUGCCCCUCCGCAGAAUCGGCAGCUGGUGGUGCCUGCAAAAUACCGGCAAGAGAUUCUGCGGAUUGGGCAUGAUGUACCAUUAGCUCGACAUCUAGGGUCCCGCCGCACAGCUCAUAGGAUCACCCAAAAUUUCUUCUGGCCCAAUUUUAACCGAGAUGUGCGGGUAUAUCGUAGUACUUGUGGCACCUGUCAAUGGGUAGGUAAGCGGAGGAUCACCCAAAAGCUAGGCUUAUGUCUAUGCCUAUCAUUGGGGAACCCUUUUCCCGCAUAGCCGUUGACAUUGUGGGUCCACUGGCCAGGGCUAGUCCAUCAGGUAAGAAGUAUAUUCUCACUGUGGUGGACUAUGCCACUCGUUAUCCAGAGGCGGUAGCACUGUCUAAUAUAGAGGCAGAGACAGUAGCUGAUGCCCUGAUUAAGGUUUUUACUAGGGUAGGGAUCCCUAAGGCGAUUCUCUCCGACCAGGGAACCCAGUUUACCGCUGUGCUCACCCAGCAGCUGUGGAAGGUGUGCGGCAUUAAACCGCUGCUCAGUUCGCCUUAUCACCCACAGACUAACGGUUUCUGCAAGCGAUUUAAUGGUACCCUCAAGCAGAUGCUGAGGACCUUUACUGACACUUGCAGAGACUGGGAGCGAUUCCUGCCUCAUCUGCUAUUUGCGUACAGAGAGGUGCCCCAGGAAUCUACUGGGUUCUCUCCCUUUGAGUUACUCUAUGGUAGAAGGGUCCGCGGACCCCUGGAUCAUUAGAGGACACUGGGAGGGAGAGACAGAGCAGGAGGGGACCCACAUAGUACCAUAUGUACUGGAACGCCGGGACCGCAUGGAGAAACUGUCCCUGAUGGUAAGGGGGAGACAGAAGAGGUGGUACGAUCGGGGUGCCCGGCAGCGGGUCUUCCAGGUAAGGCAGAAAGUUUUGGUGCUCAAGCCUGUGAAGACAGGGCCAGUAUAAGGGCCCGUAUAAGGUGUUAGCUCAGGUGUGUGAUACUACCUAUAUUAUAGCCAGCUGUGCAGAUGAAAGGAUCCAGCGAUCCUUUCAUGUGAAAAUGCUGAAGGAGUAUCAGGAGAGACCAGAGGACAUCGCUGCAGUAUGUGCCCCUGCUGCAGACGACCCGCAGAGUUUACCCCUGCCCGAUUUAUUAGAGAGGGACCCCGAGACUGACCUCACUAGUCUUGUGCAGCUAGGGGUCCAAGCCCUACAGAGAAAGUACAGGCAAGACAGCUUCUGUGGGAGAAGCAGGCGACGUUCUCCCAAGAGCCCGGCUACAGUACCCUAGCUGUACAUAAGGUAGAGACCCCUGGACAGAAUCCCUUGCGACAGCCCCCCUAACGUAUCCCUGAAGCAGUCUGAGAAGGAAUGCGGAAGGAGAUACAGGAGAUGACUCGGCUGGGAGUCAUCGAACACUCCGAUAGCCCUUGGGCUUCGCCUGCAGUCCUGGUACUUAAGAAAGUUGGGACCACCCGGUUUUGUGUGGACUACAGGUGGCUCAACGAGAGGACUACCACUGACGCCUACCCGAUGCCCCGGGUAGACGAGUUACUAGACCGUAUUGCCAGGGGACGCUAUCUGACCACCAUAGACCUUUGUAAGGGCUAUUGGCAGAUUCCCCUGGCCGAGGAUGCUAUCCCCAAGUCGGCAUUUGUCACCCCAUUUGUCCUGUACCAUUUUAUGAUCAUGCCAUUCUGGAUGAAGAAUGCUCCGGCUGCCUUCCAGCAUGUGGUGGAUAGACUCCUCGAUGGCUUCCAGGAAUUUGCUUGUGCAUACCUGGACGACAUUGUGGUCUACAGUGAGUCCUGGGAGGAACACCUAGUCCAUGUAGGGGUGGUUCUGGACAAGAUUCAGGCCGCUGACCUGACCUUGAAACCAGACAAGGUAUGGCUGUAUCACUAAGACCCAAGUGCUAGCCUUCUUGGGGACGCCAGGGUACUACCGACGUUUUUUCCUUGACUACAGUACUAUCGCCAAGCCCCUAAAUGACCUGACUAAGAAGAACCUGCCUAAGCAGGUCCUGUGGUCUCCAGCUUGUGAAGCCGCGUUUCAGGCACUGAAGCAGGCUCUUGUGAAUGCCCCUGUCUUGGCUGCCCCAGCCCCUAACAAACGUUUUCUCAUUCACACAGAUGCUUCCAUGUAUGGACUGGGGGCUGUGCUGAGCCAAGUCGGGGAGGAUGGAGGAGAGCACCCUGUCGCAUACUUAAGCAGAAAGUUAUUACCUCGAGAAGUAAGUUAUGCGGCAGUGGAGAAGGAGUGUUUAGCCCUGGUCUGGACACUGAAGAAGUUGAGCCCUUAUUUAAACGGACAGGAAUUCUCUCUUAUAACGGACCACAAUCCCUUAUUCUGGCUUAACCGGAUCUCAGGAGACAAUGGUAGAUUGCUGCGGUGGAGUUUAGCCCUCCAACCUUAUAAUUUCACCAUCAGCUACUGUCCCGGUAAGCAGAACGGGAAUGCAGAUGGAUUGUCCCGGCAAACUGACAUCCCUACCACCUCACCUCCUAGUCCGGUCAUCCCCAAGUUGACCCGCCAAAGGGUCAAGCCGGCUUUGCCGAAGUGUCCCACAAGGAGGGAGCCGUGUGACAGAUCCCUCUGUCACACGGCUCGAUCAUGGAGGCUCAGUCUCAGACGCCCUGCGGUAAACCUCAGGACAAACUGUUCAUUCCUGUUACGGUAUAACCCGGGUAUCGAGGGUUAAUAACGAAUGAGGGAUAUACCUUGAUAUGGGAAUAGCAACUCACGUACCCUUCAAUUCACCGAACUGGGAAAAUACACAAAAUCCUUUUAUCCUUGAUAUGGGACCAGCAACUCACAAAUACUCCAAUUUCCCGAAGAGAGAAUCAGACGAAAUCCUUCUCUCCUGGAACCGGCAAAAGAAUAAACCAAAGUAGCAAUUCCCCCAAACACAGAACCAAGCUCCGUCUUGAGGGUAAAACAAGAAUCUGCUUUAUUGAGGGCUACAUGCCCGGUAUUUAUGCAGGUCUCCCACCUGGUGGACACUACCCUAGGGGACCAGAUGGAAGACUGGGACAAGUAUAGUAUAGUAGCCAAUCACAGUGGCUCAGGCAUAAACACUCCCCUUUGUACAAGUAAACCCCUCAUCUCUAUCCUGGAGAUAAUUGGGAAGAAAUCCAAUUAUCUCCAUGGAUAGAGGCAAAAUGCCAUUUUACAGGAUACAAUAAAAAUACAUAAAAUGUAAUAACUGUAAAACUACUGAAUGUAUUCAGUACAUAUAACUGAAUACAUUCGGUAGUAUACAAUAAUGGAUUGGCCCAAGCUAAAUCUUUACCUUUAAGUAACCAAUUUUAGCUCUGUCUGUGGGAAAAGAUUCCGGUGAGGCCUCAAAAUGAUACUCCAUUUGGUUAAUAAAUAUUACCAUCAAAAUGCAGGGGGGGAGAUAGGGAGAUAGUAGGUGCCUUGUGUACUAUAGCUGGAGGUACACAAGGUGGAGGUGAGGCCGCAGGUUGCAGAUGCGCUGUUCGGGUAAGAAGCGUACUGAAGGCAAGGGCAAAUUGAUCCAUGCGGUGAUCAUUAUCCUCCAGUUUCCUUUCACAAGCAGCUAUGUGCUUACACAAUUCUACAGGAUCUAUGGCCAUGUCCAGGGGAGGGCUGGCAGCCUUAGGCCUGGGGUGCAAAACCAGUCAAGUGGCCCAUUGCACCACCAAAUCAGUGCAAUGGUGCCCACCUUUUCCUGGUUUUAUAACGGAUAUUGAUGUUAUGCUAAUCAGUAGCUCUUUGCCAUACCCGCUCCUUCACGGCUCUGACUUUCAAUGUUGUCAGAGCGCAGGCUGAGAAUCUCUGAGCCUGUGCUCUGACUCACUAACUGAGCGCCGGAACCACGAGGGAGAGGCUAUAAUCUGACUGCACCUACUGCUGGUGCGCACCAGUGGACCACCAGCGAAUCGUUUAAAUUGAAUAGGCUGGUGUCCCCAACUUGUGAGCUGUGUUGUCCGCCGGGUGCCUCUGUUGUCAUGGCACCCUGCGUGACCGCACAGCGUGCAGACCCCAACGGCUGGCCCUGCUGACACACACUGAUGUUACUACUUAGAAAUCCCUCAAUUAAUACAGACAUCAGAGUAACACCAAGAAACUGUGGAAACAGAGCUGAUCCCCCCAAAUUUAUAAAGAUUUGCUUACUGGAUUUGUUGUAAGAUUAAAUCAUGCCUCCUCCUCUCUCUCUCCCCUGCGCUGCUCUGUAGGCUGGGAGGAAGUGAAGAGUAAUCACAAUCUCCCAGCACAGUGGCACCUGUGGCUGCAUGGGGAACAGCUGUAUUUGCCGCCCCCCAUGUGACAUCACAAUGCCCCACCUAUAUGAGCUGCCAUACGAACUAACCCCAGUGCUGCACACAGUGUGUGUACAUUUGAAAAGCCUGCAGGGACCGGCUGUAGACACCAGAACCACUUCAUUAAGCUGCAGUCGUUCUGGGGACUAUAGUGUCCCUUUAUUGUGAGGUAAAUUAUAGAUUAGUGUCACUAAUAAUACACUAGAUUGCCUACUUACAACCAGAUGAGGAUGAUGAUGGACUGCAGUUUGGCUCCACUGGUCUGGUGUAGAACAGGAUCUCUGGAGGCUGUUUGCAACUGUGGUCACAAAAUUCAAUGUUCUGGGAGAAUUGGAAGCAGCUCCAUUUUUUGGGGGCCCCUUACACAGCUUAAGGUCUGGGCCCCAAGGCCUGACAGUGAGUAUGCCCACAAGGCCCACUCAUAAGUCCACUUAUAUGUUCCACCCACCCAUGAGUUCGCUCACAGGGAGUGGAGUGUGUAGGGGAUGUAUAUGUUAUUGUAGAGGAUCUAAUAUGUGUGUUUAUGGUAUGUAGUGUAUAUGGAUACCAGCUUGUGCAGGUGAUGCAGUGUGUUUGUGUGUAGUGGAAGCAGUGUGUAUUUGUGUAUAAGGGAUGUAUUGUGUGUUUCUGGUUGUGUGUAAGGGAUGCAUUGCAUGAAUCUGUAUUUGUAUGCAUAAGGGAUGCAAGGUGUGUGUCUGUAAGUGUGUGCAUUGAGUGUGUGUAAGAGAUGCAUUGUGUUUCUGUGUGUAUGUAAGAAAAGCAGUGUGUGUAAGGGUUUGCAUUGUGUGUUUCUGUAUAUGUGUGCAAAGGAUGCAUUGUCUUUGUGUGUAAGGGUUGCAUUGUGUGUGUGUAAUGGAUGCAUUGUGUGUUUCUCUGUGUGUAAGAGAAGCAUGUUGCGUUUCUGUGUGUGUAUAGGGAUGCAUUGUGUGUGUGUGUGCGCGUAGUGUGAAAGAGCUCCCUGUCUUGCCCCCUGUCCUAUAGAGCUGUCCCUUCUGUCCCUUAGAGCUCUCCCCUGCCCCUUAGUGGUCUCUCCUCUCCCCCACCCUCCCCUAGCGGUCUCUUCUCACACUCACCCACCCUCCCUGUGCUCUUCUCAUCCACCCUCCAAGUGUUCUUCUCACCUCCCCCCUCCCUGUGUUCUCCUCACCUCCCCCCUCCCUGUGUUCUUCUUACCCCCUCUCCUCCCUGUGUCCUCCUCACCUCCCCCCUCCCUGUGUUCUCCUCGCCACCCACACUCCCUGUGUUCUUCUCAGUCCCCCCUUCUCCUCAUCUCCCCUUCUCUUCACCCUUACUCUCCCCCUCCUCCUUGUGUUCUUCUUACUCCCCUGUUCUUUGCCCCUGUUUUCUUACCCCCCUUCUUCUUCUUCUCCUUCCUCCUCCUAUUGCUCCCCCCUCCUUCACUUACUCUCUCCCCUUCACUUACUCCCCCUUCCUUCUCUCCCCCUUCCUUCACUUCCUCUCCCCUUCACUUACUCUCCUCCCUCCUUCUCUCCCCUCCACCUUCACUGACUCUCCCCCUUCCUUGCUCCCCAUCUUCACUUACUCUCUCCCCCUUCACUUCUCUCUCCUCCUUCCUUACUCCCCUUCCUUCUUGCUCUCCCCUUCAUACUCCCCCUUCACUGGGCUCUCCCCCUCCCAUUCACUUCUCUCUUCCCCUGUCCUUCCUUGCCACCUUCAUUGCUUACUCUCCCCUUCCUUCCUUGCUCUCCCACUUUGGACUCUCCCCCUCCUUCCCUUGCUCCCAGCUAUUCCCUUGCUCUGCCCCCCUCCUUCACUUACUCCUGGCCUUCACUGACUCUCCCCUCUCCUUCACUUACCCUUCAUUCACGCCUCUCCCCUUCACUGACUCCCCCAUACUGGCUCUCCCCUUCACUGACUCUCCCCUCCUUGCCCUCCCAGCAGCCACUUACUCUCCCCUUCCUUCACUUGCUUUCCCCCCUUCCUUCCUUACUCUCCCCUUCCUUGCCUCUUCCACCUCCCCUUCACUGUCUCCCCUCCCUUCACUUACUCUCCCUUCUACUUACUCUCCCCCUUUCUUCCUUCUCUCCCCCCCUACCCCCAUCUCCCCCCCCUCCUUCCUCUCCCUCCCUUCCUUCCUUACUCUCCCCCCCCAGCCUUCACUUCCUCUCCCCCCCUCCUUCACCUGACUCUCUCCCUCUCCUUCACUUACUCCCUUCCUUCAUGUCUCCCCUUCACUUACCCCCCCCUUAACUGACUCUCCCCCCUCCUUCCUUACUCCCCUUCCUUCACUUACUCUCCCCCCUUCACUGACUCUCCCCCUCCCCACUUCACUGACUCUCCCCCCCUCCCCCUUCACAGUGAAUGUGUUAGUGUGUCUGUUAGUGAGUGUUAAUGUGAUUAUUAGUGUGUGUCUGUUAGUUAGUGUGUGUCUGCUAGUGAGUGUUAGUGUUUGUGUCAGUUAGUGUGUUAGUGUGUGUGUGUCUGUUAGUGAGUGGGUUACUGUGUGUGUGUCUGUCACUGAGAGUGUGUAUGUAUUUGCCAGUGAGUGUGUAUGUGUGUUUGUCAGUGUGUGUGUAUCUGUCACUGAAAGUGUGUGUCUGUCAGUGUGUGUAUGCGUGCGUCAGUGUGUGUAUGCGUGUUUCAGCAUGUGUAUCCGUGUCUCUCAGUGUAUACGUGUCUGUCAGUGUGUGUCAAUGAAUGCAACACCAACACUGUAUAGAUUGAUAAAAAAAGAAAAGAUUGCAGUUUAUGUGCUAUUGACAUAUAACUCUUACAGUAGUAUAUAUAGCCAGUGAGUAUGCUUUAUAGACAGACAGUAUAAUUUCAACUCUUGUAUUUUACUAUAAACAGGGAAGACCAUAGAGACUGUCAAAUUUAAACACGGUCUGCCCAAGGUGUAUGUAAAUGGCUGACCAAUCCUGUCAUUUACAAAAGCUAAGGAUGAGAUAUUUUCAAAAUUUGUAAAGCAAAAAUAGUUCAUUUUAAAAAAAGUGUUUUCUUCAAAAACUUGAUGAAAAGAUUAUUAUAUUAAAAAUGAGUUAUGAGGUAACAAUUGUCCUUUAAAAUCCAUGCAUACAGCGUCAUUAAUAAAAGAAAAAUCGCCAGCAUGAUAAAGUAUUAUGUAUGGUUCUAUGUGUCGCAUAAAGUCCACAUUUCAAUUAUCUUCAUAUUUGGAAACUGCAGUUCACACAUUGUACAGUGAGGAUGGUCCGGUCAUUGCUAUUCAUAGUAAUUCACCCUGUCUGUCAAUAAAUGCACCUAACCUUGAAGAAUAACUUCUAGUUGUUGCUGUUAAAAACAUCACCGUUUCUCAGUGUUAUUCUUCCAAACACACAGAUGCUGAGUGGGUGCAUUUCCUGGUGGGAUUCUGACAAGUCUUUACACUUCCCACCUGUAAAAUGAUCGGCCAACCAUUGCCUUACAUUCACUCUUAUAGAAGUAUUGAAAGAAAAACCCACCACUCCCCCCCCUUCCUUCACUUACUCUCCCCCCUUCACUUACUUUCCCCCUUCACUGACUCUCCCUCCUCCUUCACUUACUCUCUCCCCCUCUCCUUCACUUACUCCCCCCCUUCCUUCACUUACUCUCCCCCCUUCACUGACUCUCCCCCUUCACAUUGAAUGUGUUAGUGUGUCUGUUAGUGAGUGUUAAUGUGAUUAUUAGUGUGUGUCUGUUAGUUAGUGUGUGUCUGCUAGUGAGUGUUAGUGUUUGUGUCAGUUAGUGUGUUAGUGUGUGUGUGUCUGUUAGUGAGUGGGUUACUGUGUGUGUGUCUGUCACUGAGAGUGUAUAUGUAUUUGCCAGUGAGUGUGUAUGUGUGUUUGUCAGUGUGUGUGUAUCUGUCACUGAAAGUGUGUGUCUGUCAGUGUGUGUAUGCGUGCGUCAGUGUGUGUAUGCGUGUUUCAGCAUGUGUAUCCGUGUCUCUCAGUGUAUACGUGUCUGUCAGUGUGUGUCAAUGAAUGCAACACCAACACUGUAUAGAUUGAUAAAAAAAGAAAAGAUUGCAGUUUAUGUGCUAUUGACAUAUAACUCUUACAGUAGUAUAUAUAGCCAGUGAGUAUGCUUUAUAGACAGACAGUAUAAUUUCAACUCUUGUAUUUUACUAUAAACAGGGAAGACCAUAGAGACUGUCAAAUUUAAACACGGUCUGCCCAAGGUGUAUGUAAAUGGCUGACCAAUCCUGUCAUUUACAAAAGCUAAGGAUGAGAUAUUUUCAAAAUUUGUAAAGCAAAAAUAGUUCAUUUAAAAAAAAGUGUUUUCUUCAAAAACUUGAUGAAAAGAUUAUUAUAUUAAAAAUGAGUUAUGAGGUAACAAUUGUCCUUUAACACCCAUAGGAUAACUUAACCUAACCUUAAGAUCAGGGCUCCUACGCUUCUCACACACGAGGAGCUAGACAAAUAUGCCCAGCCUAUUACUAGACACUCCUGCUACAUGGUAUACUGUAUCUUAUAACUGCAUCCGACUUAGAGCUACGUUUUGUGUUAAAAGACUGCUUACAAGCACUAAGAAUGUCACAUGUUAUAUGUAUGUACGUAUGCCAAAAAUACCACGGUUGUCACUCUACACACUUUACCUUUCUGUUAUCUUAUGUACGCCUACUGGUAAUUACGAAACUUAUCGCUGUAAUUAAAUCCCGACAGGAGACUUGGUAAUGUGGGCACAAACAAUGUGACCCAAAAUAUAGAAACAUCACUACAAUACUCUUGUCUUCUAAGUAGGCCUGCGAGCCGAAUUCUUUCUGUAAACCUCUUUCUUCCUAAAUAAACAGAUUUACAAAAAAAAACAAAACAAUUGUCCUUUAAAAUCCAUGCAUACAGCGUCAUUAAUAAAAGAAAAAUCGCCAGCAUGAUAAAGUAUUAUGUAUGGUUCUAUGUGUCGCAUAAAGUCCACAUUUCAAUUAUCUUCAUAUUUGGAAACUGCAGUUCACACAUUGUACAGUGAGGAUGGUCCGGUCAUUGCUAUUCAUAGUAAUUCACCCUGUCUGUCAAUAAAUGCACCUAACCUUGAAGAAUAACUUCUAGUUGUUGCUGUUAAAAACAUCACCGUUUCUCAGUGUUAUUCUUCCAAACACACAGAUGCUGAGUGGGUGCAUUUCCUGGUGGGAUUCUGACAAGUCUUUACACUUCCCACCUGUAAAAUGAUCGGCCACCCAUUGCCUUACAUUCACUCUUAUAGAAGUAUUGAAAGAAAAACCCACCACUCUCUCUCAACAAUUUGCUCUAAACAUGCAGUCUACAGGAUCAAAGUACGCAAGUCUCUUCAUGUUAUUUCCAGCCUCCCACAUCCAAUGCAAUCCAAAAUAUUAAUUUAAGUGAGCGUCACUUAUCAUGCAUCAUUGCAUGACUGUGCAGUGAAACAAAUUAUAUAUAUCCCCCGUAGUAUAAUAUUACUAAGUGCUUAUUACUUUUUUAGUGAACCUUGGGAUAAGGGGGAUACUACCUGACAAAGAGAUCUUUGUCCAGAUUGCUCCUUAAUGAAAAGAAUGGUGCCAUAAUAAUAUUACGUUUUAAAUUUUGUGAAAAGCUAAUAAACUUUGAGGAUUCAACCAUACACAUUCUAUGUAACUGGAUUUAACCUUUCAUUGCCAUCAGUAGUCACUAACGGAAGACACAUUUGGACUAAAUUGAACAGCAAUUGUUGUUUCCUCAAAUUUUUUAUAUUAUUACUACUUGUCCCUACAUUUAACAAAAAUGUUUUUGUGAUGUAACCAAGUAAACUUGCAGAAGACAGACACAGAGAGAUGGAUGCAGGUUUUCAGGAAGUAAGAGGUCUUUAUUAACAUACCGAUAGGGUCUCAGAUGAACUAACGUUCCAAAACAGGUCUGAGGGCCGAACACAUGGAGUACAUGCUUUUUAUAGAACUAUAACUCCUCCCAUUAAUAGCUCCACCCGCACAUACCCAUAACCAAUCAGUGGACAGGAUUUGGAUUUCCUUAUAUGGGCAGACCACAAGGCUGUCACAUAUUCAUCCGCUUAUAGAAAUGUGGUUAAUGACAUUUACUGUCCACACAGGAAAAGUUGUGCCGAGCAGCAACCUAAUCCACAGAAUGGUUAAUGCUGAGCAGCAAUUAUGCAAAUGAAACCUGGUAACUGACUUUGGGGUCAAAGGCCGGUUACAGCCUAUCAGAACUAAAGGAGGGGUAUUUAGGCCCAGUUCUCAGCCUGCUCAGUGCCCUGUCGUGGUUUCCCUUGUGGUUGUCUGAGAGCGCGUUCCUGUUUAUAGUUUUCUACCUGGUUUUUGACUUUGGCUUUGUUUAUUGACAUCUCUAUAUUCUGGUAUCCUGACUCCUGGCUUUCCUCAUCGCUGUGUCCCUUUCUGUGUUCCCUGACCUCGGCUAGUAUUUUUGACUAUUCUUUGUACAUUAAAUCCGGCCAUUCUAAGGACCGGUAAUACGUUACUUAUUUGUCAUCCGUGCUGUACAGUUCUACGUGCUGGAUCAAACAUCAAUCCUGACAAAGGCUCAUCCAAAACAAAGGAGAAAGGAGUGUGAUUUCAGUUCCUGCAUUCCUGCACAUGCUCAGUUCAUUGAUGACAGUAUCUUAGCUACGUGUAACUAACUAACUGAUACACUUACACAUAUGCCACGUGGAAAUCUCGGCCUACUAAAUUUACAUUUCACCGAAAUUCCAUCACAGUGAGGUGAAUUAAUUGAAAGUUUUGGUGCCAUAAAGUGAUUUAUAUAAUAUGUUAAUGUUUAGGGUUGGGAAUACAGUGUGUUUAAGGGAGGGGUUUUGGGAGGAAAUUAAAUUACUACAUGUGGGAGGAGCCAUAACAUUUUCCUAAAGUCUGGUUUUAGUGUCACAUGGCUAUGCCGCUGCCAAGGAGUCAGCACAGAGAGAAAAGAAGAUAUGAAGACACCAUGUUUCUAUUUCUCUUCUUCAUUUGCAUAGUGUGUCCUAGCUAUGACUUUUGAUGAGUAUUUUUAUAUGAAUUUAAAUUAAAAUAAAGUAUCACAUAAAAAAAGGUUUAUGACAGGCUUUAGAUGAUAUUUAAUGUUGUUUUCAAUAAGGUUAUCUAUAGAAAUGUGAAUGUUCCAGUUGAAGUACAGUGAUCAAAAAUAGUGGCUGCAGCCAUUAUGGGGGUGUUAAUCUAAUGUUAGUUAGUGUUACUGUUAGUGGGGCCAGUACAUUUAUGUACUGGUGCUAAAUUGAGAUUGGGGCAAUUUAAAUCACAUCAUGUUAUCCGGAAUUUAAAUACGCGAUCAGCCCAUUGAAAUAACAUGAAGGUCACCUAAUAUAGUACACUGAUCAGCCACAUCAUUAAAACCACCAGCCCAAUAUUGUGUAGCUCCCACCUGUGCUGCCAAAACAGCUCUAAUUUGUCAAGGCAUCUACUUCACAAGACCUCUAAAUAUGUCCUGUGGUAUCUGGCACCUAGAGCUGGUGCAAGAUUUUUGCCGCAAUAGGCAAAAAAAAUAAUCUCGCAGUCACAUGAGCUCAGCCAAUGAUGUAAUAUCACAAUGUCCUACUUUUCGAAGGCUAUUUUGGCCUUAUAUAUAUAAUAAAAACAAUUAUAUAUGUGUAAUUUCAUUCUCUAACUGUAUUUUGAUACACAUUUAAGAAUCCCUGUGGAGUGCUCCAUUUCUUUACUUUCUAUUUAGGCGCUGGAAGCACCCGGGUAUCAUUUGAUUUAUUUAUACAAUUCGUUAAUGGUAAAAUAAAACUUGGCUUUUAAUUAGCUUGUCAUAAAAAUCUUUUCAUGACAAGCUAAUUAAAAGAUAAGUUUUAUUUUACUAAAACCUGAGAGUGUUAUCUGGAUUAAUUUUUUAGUAUCUUUUUCAAAUAUAUAUAUAUAUAUAUACUUAGAAUGAAAUUAUAUAUAUAUAUAUAUAUAUAUAUCUGAAUAAAAUAAUUUUUUUAAAUACACACAUAUAUAUACAUAUAUAUAUAUAUAUAUAAACACAAACAUGAGUGUUUUAGAGCAGUAAAAUGUGUAAUGCUGCUAUCAUAUAUAUUAUUUAUAUAUAAUUACAUGAUUUUGCUAUUUCAUGAUGAAAAGUCAUGAUUUUAUGAAAGACACGGAGGCGAGUAUUGCCCCUCCCUUUUACUUAUUUGUAUAACCUUUUUCCCCCCCUGUUAUAUCUCGUUUUAGGGCGGUAAGUAUAGAAUUGCGCUCCAUCACGUAUGACUUAUAUGUACAUCUGAAUCAUGACACUACACAUUCCUGGGGAUUCUUGACUUAAGAAGGUAUGGGGGGACACUAAGGGGUGACUUGAUUUCCAAUGUAUCGUAUCUUGGCAUGUACAAUUGGUGUUAGUACCGAUUUAACCUUUGGGCUCCUGUUAUUAUGUUUUCACAGGUUGACUCACUUCUGGGUGCAUCGCAUGAAGUGCAUCUCUCUACACAGGACUUCUCCAAGUUAGCUGGAGUUCGGUGGGUAACGCUGAGAUGGACUCCCUAUGGUUAACGUUUCAUCAUUCGUUCCUGGUUUUGUCCCUGUUGUUGGGCAUCUUCUGAUCAAGUAUCCGGAUGGACUUUGGGCCGUUGCCCUUCUAGUUCUGGACUGUUCCUGGUUUCCUGUUUGCUGUUUGUGGGUAGCAUCUCCAAAGAAAGAGGAAUUGGGUGGGGAGGUGCUGCCUAUUAUACUGGGACUUGAUAUGGGAGUGUCCUAUCUCUAUGGUUACUGUUUUUUCUCACUGUUUGUAUCCUUUGCUGCUAUUGGUGGACAGUAAAGAAAGGGAUAUGCAAUAUGAGCCUCCGUGUCUUGACAUAAAAUUAUGUGAUUUUAUUAAUCAUAAUGUCUGUCUGAGAACCCAUGCAGAAAGUCCAGAGAAUUUUUAUAUUUCCCCCUGUACUUUCCAAAACACCAUAAAGCCUGUACAUGAGGGAGUACUAUUGUACUUGGGAAACAUCGCUAAACACAAAUAUGAGUGUUUCAAAACUGUAAAAUGUAUCACAUUGAUGAUAUAAUCAGUAAAAGGGCAUUUUUUGUGUGAAUAAUGCAAAAAACAAAUAUGAAUGCUUUGGGUUUAUUUCUCAUUCCUGG